GCCAUUCUCUGUUCUUAAUCUUCCUCUCAGAAACUCUCUUGUGAAGUGUCUUAAAGGCUCGCCUCUCCUUUGAGGUGAUGCUCGAAUAACCCGUCAGGUUCUCAUCCAAGUCAGGCUAGACGAUUGUCUUUAAUAGGCCCCUGAAUAACAUGCAUAGCAUAUCUCUCAAUGAUACAGCAUAAAAUUCUCUUUGCAGUAUUGUGCCAAAGAACUACCAGAAUAUUCUGGCCUUGGUAUUAGCUGUCCAGGAGAUCAAUGAGAACCCCAAGCUCUUACCUAAUAUCACCUUGGGAUUCCACAUCUAUGACAGUUACUUCGAUGAAAGGAUGACCUACCGGGCUGCUCUGAACCUUCCCUCCACACUUAGACCCAAUUACAAGUGCGACACCCAGAAACACCUGGUGGCGGUUAUUGGGGGACUGGACUUGGAUACCUCCAUCUACCUGGCAAACAUCUUGAGGAUCUACAAGAUUCCCCAGGUAAGAUGCUGCCUAGGGGAUUUCACACAUUCACCAUGAUAUCUUCUAUUCAGAAAGGAUUUCUUUAAUAUAGAAAUAGUUGUGUGAGACAAAGGAGAGUGAUCCUGCCAUUCACAAGGUAAUGUGAUGGUAGAGGAUUGUUCAUCUCACCCCCUUUCCUUGUCCACACACACCUAAAAACACGUAUUCAAAAUUCCAUUCUGCUGACUGAGACCCUCUCACCUUUGCUCCAUGGCCUACUGGUUGGAUUCUGAAGCUGCUCUCUUGCAAAGCUGGAAGCCUGCCUAUCAGGAGUCAGCUGCCCACACAUUGUGGCACUUGAUGCAAAUUCUGUGUGUUAGUGGUUUGAUAGAGGAAGGGAAGCUGCUAUGAAAUUAGUAGUUGAAAUGUUGCGGUGAAGCAACAUGAAAGAAACAGCAGAAGAAAGCAGCAGCUUAUAAAAGCCUAGAGAUCACAGUUGAUAAAGAAAAAGGGAGAGUGAAGGAGAGGAGAGCAGGAGAGCAGGAAACUGGGCAUGCAGGGGUGGCAGAGAAGGCGGUGGAGGCUGAGAAACACAGGGUGCAAUCUGCCACCCCUCCCAGCUUUCUGGAACCUGCCUUCUUAAGGCAACUGGCUCAUUUUGCCUCCUGGGUGGGAAGGCCCUAGAUGCACACACCCAGUCCUUCUGCAAUUGUAGAUGAUGCUACUUUAUUUCCCUUUAGCUCACUUAUGGCUCCUUUGCCCCAGAAGAUGCUGGUCAAAGCCAAUCCACUUCCUUCUACAGGAUGGUGCCCAAUGAAGCCCAUCAGUACACUGGGAUUGUUGAGUUACUUCUGCACUUUGGUUGGACGUGGGUUGGAUUGCUUGCUGCAGAAAGUGGAGAGAGAUUUAUUCAGAGCCUGAAACCUCUUCUGUCCCAGAAAGGCAUUUGCUUGGCCUUCUCAGAGACAACCCUGAAAACGACAUCUUUGGCUGAGUAUUAUGACAUGUUUCCCCACUGGAUCCAAAUUUAUCGAGCUAUUAUGGAAAGUAAAGCCAAGGUGGUGGUUGUCUAUGGAGGAACAAAGUCCAUGCUUCCCUUGAGAAACAUAGUAGCUCUUGGUGAAUUGGAAUAUGUGGCCAAGACAUCUGUGGGCAAGGUGUGGAUUCUGAUGGCACAGCUUGAUUUCACGGCUACGACCUAUCAAAUGAACCUGGAUAUGCAAGUCUUCCAUGGUUCCCUCUGCUUUACAGUUCAUUCUAAUGUGGUACAAGGAUUCAAAUCCUUUCUAGAGGCACAAAAUCCUUUUGAGGCAAAUGGAAAUGGCUUUGUCAAGCAGUUCUGGGCAGAAGUCUUUCUAUGUUUAUUUCCAAACUCCAGUACAGAGGAGCAGGCCAGUAGAACAUGCACUGGAGAGGAGAAGCUGGAGAAUCUCCCUUCGUCUGCUUUUGAGAUGACCAUGUCUGGCCACAGCUACAGUCUUUACAAUGCUGUCUUUGCAACGGCACAUGCUUUACAUGCCAUGUUCUUGUACAGGACCAAAUACAAAUCAGCGGUGGAAGGAGAAAUGCUGGAGCUUUGGCCUUGGCAGGUAAUGCCUCUCAUGAGAUAUAAUUUAUUUGACAUAGGCAGUGAUAUGUAAAACAGCACCCUGAAAAAUUUCAAGCUCCAGUGUAAGAGCACAUUCUCCCCUUGGGUGCAGAAAAGCUACUCAUGGAGUAAGACAGUGAAGUACCAGACCUGUCCCAUUUUUUGUGUGAGCAACUGCCUUUGCAUGCAGAGAACCUGAUAAUGAAGGCGGACCCUCUACAUACAAUCAUAGAAUCAUAGAAUCAUAGAGUUGGAAGAGACCACAAGGGCCAUCGAGUCCAACCCCCUGCCAAGCAGGAAACACCAUCAGAGCACUCCUGACAUAUGGUUGUCAAGCCUCUGCUUAUAGACCUCCAAAGAAGGAGACUCUACCACACUCCUUGGCAGCAAAUUCCACUGUCGAACAGCUCUUACUGUCAGGAAGUUCUUCCUAAUGUUUAGGUGGAAUCUUCUUUCUUGUAGUUUGGAUCCAUUACAAGUUACAUGGAGGAUCCGUGCCUAUACUGAGAUGAAUAGGAGAGAGCUGGCAAGGAGAGGCCGGUGGACCUGGAGAAAAAAGUAGCUGUGGCUGGGGAAGUGGGAUGGGGAACAGUAAGGGAGAGGAUUUAAAACCUGUUUUUUUAGUUUUUGCUGAGCUUGCUAAACAAUAUCAUUCUUCUUGGACUCUUUGGUGAGAGAACCCCAGAAGAGAUUUAAUAUGGCAACUCAUGCAGCAAAUAAAGGCAUGAAAUGUAGGUGUUAAAACCUUAGAAUGUACCCCUUCUAGUUGAUCCCAAAACAUCCCACUUCCUUACCAAAAAGGCAGGUUGCAUAAUUAAUAAGUUAUACAUUGUUUACUUGCAAAGCUCUUCAAAUGUCUGAUUCAUGUGCUUUUCCAUACAGCAGUCAGUUGUGCAGGCAGUCAAACAUAGGUUGGUUACAAUAAUGGCUACAGUUCCUGAAAUAUUGGUAUAGAAACAGAGUGCAGACAAACAGGAGGCAUCGUGAGUGCCAAUAAGGAGAGACAUAUGCAUUACUUCACAGUUACUAUUUUUCUUCCAAUGCAGCUCCAUCCCUUCCUCAGGACUGUCUCCUGCAACAACUCUGCUGGAGAAACUGUAUCUUUUGGUGAGAACAGGGAAGUCGAAGCUGGCUUUGAUAUUACCAACCUGGUCACUUUUCCAAAUAAUUCCUUCGUGAGGGUUAAGGUUGGAAGGGUGGAUGUGCAAGCCACCCCAGGCCAGCAACUUUCCAUUGAUGACAACAGAAUGGUUUGGCACAGAAGCUUUCACCAGGUGGGGCAUAAUUCCUACUUCCAUGAAAUAUAGGAAAACAAUAUUAUUGCAUUUUUAGAUUUUCCUCUGCACUACAUAAGAACAAAAGAAAAGCUUGCUGGAUCAGUCCAAUGGCCCAUCUUGUCCAGGAUAACACCCACGGCCAGUCUUGUCCUGCAUCUGGAUAUGGCAUGCAUGUGACUGUUAGCUUGUGUCUCUCUCUAUCCCAGGGUAUUUCAUGAGUCUCUUGUCAAGAAUAAGGUGUUUGUUGCUCUGAUGGGAAGGAAGCAGGGACUAUGGAGUUUGUGGGUACCUGUUUUUCUCACCAACAGUGGAAUGAGGAAAUGGACUUCUUAGAUUGAGGAAGACUCAAACAAUGGGGGCCAAAGAAUUUUUUAAAAAAAUCAGUCUGUCCCCCUCCAAGGAGGCUCUCUUCCCUACAUAUCUUGAGGCGCCAGGUGAAAACAUACCUCUUCUCCCAGUUUGUUGUCAGAUUAAAAUAUCUCUCGCCUUUUGAUCUGGGGUUGAUAUUGUUUUGGUUGUUACCAUGUAAGGUACAGGUAGGUAGCUGUGUUGGUCUGCUAUAGUCAAAACAAAAUAAAAAACAUUCCUUCCAGUAGCACCUUAUAGACCAACUAAGUUUUUUAUUGGUAUGAGCUUUUGUGUGCAUGCACACUUCUUCAGAUACCUAGGAACUGCUGGCAGAGAUCAACAUAUAGUUUACGUUUAAGAACCAUAUGUUUAAGAGUUUCCACCUGAUGGUCUUCACAUGUGCAAAUUCUUUCUCCUUCCACCAUUCUCAAGAAGCUUCCCCAUAGGAGGUUUGAAGGAUUUGAAUUAAACCUGGCCAGCGAAAAUGCCCUUCUAUCAUGAGUAUUGAGCAAAAAUUCAAGAUAAUUGUGGUUAAUUUCAUGUGCCCAAGAAAGCUGAAAGUUAAGAGGGGAGCAUGUUUUCUUUGCUGCUGCUGUUAGUUCCUGGCGUUCAAUGUCCCACAACCUAGAAAAUUCCAUGGACAAAAACAACCAGCAUAUAAAAGUUCUGACGCUGGAAGAUGAGCCCCUCAGGUCGGAAGGCGUCUAACAUGUUACUGAGGAAGAGCAGAGGACAAGUACAAGUAGAUGCAGAGCUGAUGAAGCGGCUGGGCCAAAGCCAAAAGGUCACUCAAUUGCAGAUAUGCCUGGAAGUGAAAGGAAAGUCCAAUGCUGGAAAGAAAAAUAUUGCAUAGGAACCUGGAAUGUAAGAACCAUGAACCUUGGUAAGCUGGAUGUGGUCAAAAAUGAGAUGGCAAGAAUAAAUAUUGACAUCCUGGGCAUCAGUGAACUAAAAUGGACAGUAAUGGGCAAAUUCAGUUCAGCUGACCAUCGUAUCUACUACUGUGGGCAAGAAUCCUGUAGAAGAAAUGGAGUGGCCCUCAUAGUCAACAAAAGAGUGGCGAAAGCUGUCCUGGGAUGCAAUCUCAAAAAUGAUAGAAUGAUCUGGAUACAAAACCAAGGCAGACCGUUUAACCUCACAGUAAUCCAAGUUUAUGCACCAACUACCGGUACUGAAGAAACUGAAAUUGACCAAUUCUAUGAAGACUUACAACACCUUCUAGAAAUGACACCAAAGAAGGAUGUUCUUCUCAUUAGAGGAGAUUGGAAUGCUAAAGUAGGGAGUCAAGAGAUAAAAGGAACAACUGGCAAUUUUGGCCUUGGAGUUCAAAACAAAGCAGGGCAAAGGCUAAUAGAGUUCUGUCAAGAGAACAAGCUGGUCAUCAUAAACACUCUUUUCCAACAACACAAGAGACAACUCUACACAUGGACAUCAUCAGAUGGGCAGCAUCAAAAUUAAACGAGCGAUGUAAAGAAAUAGAGGAAAACAAUAGAAUGGGAAAAACCAGAGAUCUGUUCAAGAAAAUUGGAGUGUGGUUGCUGACCUUGAGCCAGACAUCCUGGAGAGUGAAGUCAAAUGAGCCUUAGAAAGCACUGCUAAUAACAAGGCCAGUGGAAGUGAUGGUAUUCCAGCUGAACUAUUUAAAAUUUUAAAAGAUGAUGUUGUUAAGGUGCUACACUCAAUAUGCCAGCAAGUUUGGAAAAUUCAGCAGUGGCCAGUGGGUUGGAGAGGAUUAGUCUACAUCCCAAUCCCAAAGAAGGGCAGUGCCAAAGAAUGCUCCAACUACCGCACAAUUGCGCUCAUUUCACACCCUAGCAAGGUUAAGCAAGCUUAAAAUUCUACAAGGCAGGCUUAAUCAGUAUGUGGACCGAGAACUCUCAGAAGUGCAAGCUGGAUUUCGAAGGGGAAGAGGAACCAGAGACCCAAUUGCAAAUAUGCACUGGAUUAUGGAGUAAGCUAGAGAGUUCCAGAAAAAAAAUCUACUUCUGUUUCAUUGACUACGCAAAAACCUUUGACUGUGUUGAGCAUAGCAAACUAUGGCAAGUUCUUAAAGAAACGGGAGUGCCUAAUCACCUCAUCUGUCUCCUGAGAAAUCUCUAUGUGGGACAAGAAGCUACAGUUAGAACUAGAUAUGGAACAAGUGAUUGGUUCAAAAUUGGGAAAGGAGUAUAAGGCUGUAUAUUGUCUCUCUGCUUAUUUAACUUAUAUGCAGAAUUCAUCAUGCAAAAGGCUGGACUGGAUGAAUUAAGAUUUCUGGAAGAAAUAUCAACAACCUCAGAUAUGCAGAUGACACAACCUUGAUCGCAGAACGUAAGGAGGAAUUAAAGAAUCUUUUAAUGAACGUGAAAGAGGAGAGCGCAAAAUAUGGUCUGAAGCUCAACAUCAAAAAAACGAAGAUUGUGGCCACUGGGCCCAUCACCUCCUGGCAAAUAGAAGGGGAAGAAAUGGAGGUAGUAAGAGAUUUUACUUUCUUGGGUUCCAUGAUCACUGCAAAUGGUGACAGAAUUCAUGAAAUUAAAAGACAUCUGCUUCUUGGGAGAAAAGCAAUCACAAACCUAGACAUCUUAAAAAGCAGAGACAUCACCUUGCCGACAAAGAUCUGUAUCAUUAAAGCUAUGGUUUUCCCAGUAGUGAUGUAUGGAAGUGAGAGCUGGACCAUAAAGAAGGCUGAUUGCUGAAGAAUUGAUGCUUUUGGAUUAUGGUGCUGGAGGAGACUCUUGAGAGUCCCAUGGACUGCAAGAAGAUCAAACCUCUCCAUUCUUCAACCCUGAGUGCUCACUGGAAGGACAGAUUCUGAAGCUGAGGCUCCAAUACUUUGGCCACCUCAUGAGAAGAGAAGACUCCCUGGAAAAGAACCUGAUGCUGGGAAAGACUGUGGGCACAAGGAGAAGGGGAUGACAGAGGAUGAGAUGGUGGACAGUGUUCUCGAAGCUAUAAGCAUGAGUUUGACCAAACUGCAGGAGGCAGUGGAAGACAGGAGUGCCUGGCGUGCUCUGGUCCAUGGGGUCACGAAGAGUCAGACACGGCUAAAUGACCAAACAACAACAUGGGGACAAUAGGGGCUGUGCUGGUCAAGAUGAAUCCUAAAUCCUCUUCCCCAUUUGCAUCCUCAUGCAUUCUUCCUGAAUGCCUGAAAGGGGCUCAAACAUGGUAAGUUUCAGCAUUGUUAUUUUUUCAUAUAUUUUUCUUAAUUAAAUUUUGUUUAGCAAUUUAAAAUACUCAUUUUAACAUCCUUAUAAUAUCAAUGACUUCCCUUCUUCUCUUUCCAUGGUUUCUUUUACAUAUCAUAAAUAUCUGCAUAUUUUAUAUUUAUUAAUUUAUAGACUCUGCAUCCUACCUCAAUACUUUUAAUUUCCCUAUUGUCCUUAUAUUCUGAAGCAAUAUUUCUAAAUAAACAGCAAUGGAGACAGGGGACACCCUUGUCUUGUUCCUUUUUCUAUUUUGCAUUUGUAUGAAGGAAUAUUAUUUAUUAAAAUAUUUGCGGAUUGAUCGGUAUAGAUCACUUUAAUUGCACCCAGGAAAGAAUUACCUACUUCCAUUUUCUCUAAAAGCUUAAUCAAAAAUGACCAUUAAAUAUAAUCCAAGUCUUUCUCUGCAUCUAAAAAUAUCAAUGUGGCCUGUUAUUCAUUUCUCACUUCCAAAUACUCUAUUAACUUAAUUGCAUUUGUUACGUUGUCCUUCAUUUGUUGGCCUGGUAGGAACCCGGCUUGGUCUCCGUGGACUGACCCAGUCAAUGUCUUUUUUAGUCUGUUAGCUAUAAUUGUAGCAAAUAGUUAAGAGUCACAGUUCAAUAAAGAAAUAGGUCUGUAAUUUUUUGUCUUUGCUAAGUCACUAUCCUGUUUAAGGAUCAGUGAAUGCAUCCUUCCUUGAAGCAGGAAUUACUCCAGUCACCCAAAUUUUAUUCAUGGUGUCCUUAAGUGGUUCAAUAAGUGCAUCCUGAAACUUUUUAUAAUAAAGUGCCGUAAGUCCAUCUGGCCCGGGGGUUUUCCCCAUCUUCAUUCUAUUUAUUGCUGUCAGAUGUGCAGGUGGUUGCUCAUGAGUAACCAGGCAAGACUCCGACCUGUCUUUUUCAGGUUUUAUUGGUGCAAACUCUUUACGGUGCACAACUCAAAAGUUCAUGUCUGUCUUAGUCACUUGCAGAUUCCGGGAGUGCCCCUUUCCGGUUUCUUCCCCAGCAUAAGAACUUAGACACCCCAAAUCUCUACCUCCCCUCCUUACGUUUCACCCCUCUGCGCAAGCAGGGCGACGGAUGCGGUGUGUGUGCCUCCUGGACGGCCGGGCUAGGUAAGGCUCUCUGUAGCAUCUUGGAGCCCUCCCUUCACCCGGCUACUCCCCUCCCCCUCGGCUCCGCUGGAGUUGUGGCUUUCUCCACUGCCAGACGAGGAGCUGCUUCUCAGAAUCACUGGAUCCCCUGUAUCCCCCUGCCUCCCUCCCCCUUUCCGAUGACAGUCCCCUGACAAUUGCCAUUUGUAAUUCAAAUAUCAAUACAGGUGCAUUCAAACCUGGCCGAUUUUCUUUGGGUACUUGGAAUAUGUAAUAAUCACUCAAAUAAGAUUCCAUUUUCUCGCAGUCCUCUUUUCCACAGUGAUAUAAUGAAGUAUAAUUUUUUUCAAACACAAAAUGGGUAGCUUGGCACUGAGUUUCGAAUAAGUAGUUUAGUGUCUUCCUACUGCUGGCUGGAAGAAAAAGGACACAAAAAGUGCUAAUGAUUUCUGUGUGCUAAAAUGUUGAAGUGUUUCUUUAAAUGGGCAGAUUCCACCCCUUUCUGUGUGUAACCCAAGUUGUCCUCCUGGUUCCAGCAAGGAAAAGAAGGAGGGGGAGCCAUUCUGCUGCUAUGGUUGUGCUCCAUGUCCUCAAGGAAAGAUUUCAUCUGAGAAAGGUAAGAAACAAAAGGGAUAUAGUUUUCAAACAUCAGUAAUGUUAGAAAUUAUGGAAAAGUUAUGGAAAUAUGCAUUUUGUACAUUUUGUUUGAUUGGAGAAUUGUACCAUUUUUCAGGGAAACUCUAUUAUGCUUUGUGUAGGUUCACGAAGUACAAUUUACAUAACUUUCCCAUCCAAAUGUCAACAAAAUCAAAUUUCUCCUCCAUCCCUAUUGGCGCACAGCCCCCAUAAUGGAAUAUGGACGUUGUCCUUGUCCCCCCCCAAAAAAGAUUUGUCACCCAUGAUGAAUGGUAAAAUAGAGCAGGCAAUGCUGAGCUGAAUGGACCAGAGAUCUGAGUUGGGAUGACACAUCCUGAGUUCCUGUUCUGAACAAUUAUAAUGCGAGGCUGAUUUGUAUUUGUACUUACCAACUUUGUCCAUCUAAACUGCACAACAUGGUUUAUGGGGAGUUAGUAAGUCAUCACAGGACACGCCACACAACCACUGGCGGAGGAAGGAGGAUGCGGGGUGUGUGGACCGUCCUGGGUGUAAUCCCUGAGGGGGCUGACAUUGCCACGCCACCCUCCCCCCAACGCUCACCGCUCUGGCAGCACCCUUGGACGUUUGCUGCAUGGGCAGCUAGCAGCGCCCCCCACGCCUGCCCCUUUGGGCAGGCUAGUCCCGCCCACAUGCCGCUCUGGGUGUCAGAGCAAGUAGCUCUGCCUCUGCACAUGACCCAACACAAAGUGCUGAGGUGGGGUUCUCAGGCAUCACCCUCAAUCCUGUUACUCUGGAAAUAUCUGUGAUAUAUCUGAUUUAAUCUUAUGAGUUCCAUACUGACACCAUUAGUAGCUGCUUUGCAACACAUCUGAAAACUGAAAGGAAAACGUUGACAGCUAUGUUCUGAGGUGGGGUUCUCAUGCAUGACUUUCAAUCAGGUUACUCUGAAAAUAUGUGUGAUACCUCUAAUUUAACAUUAUCAGUUCCAUACUCACACUGUUAGCAGUUGCUCUCCAACACAUCGAAAAUCUGAAUGUAUUAUUUUCUUUCCAGACAUGGUUGACUGUGUUGCAUGCCCAAAGGACCACUAUCCACACAGAAACCAAUCACAAUGCAUUCCAAAGACCAUCAGCUUCCUGUCUGUUCAAGAGCCUCUGGGGAUGAGCUUAGCAUUGUUGGCUCUUUCUCUCUCUCUCCUCACAGUGGUGGUCCUAGUCAUCUUCAUUAAACAUCAGGACACACCCAUUGUCAGAGCAAACAAUCGGGACCUCACCUACACUCUCCUCACUUUCCUCCUGCUCUGCUUCCUCUGCCCAUUGAUCUUCCUCAGCCCUCCAGAAAGAGUCAGCUGCCUGCUCCGACAAAUGGCUUUUGGCCUUGUUUUCACAGUGACCGUUUCUUGUGUUCUGGCCAAAACGAUCACGGUGGUUCUGGCCUUUGUGGCCACCAAACCAGGAUCCAGAAUGAGGAAGUGGGUGGGGAAAAGACUGGCAAGCUCCAUUGUGUUUUCUUGUUCCCUUAUCCAAGCAGGCAUUUGCACGGUGUGGUUAGGAACCUGUCCCCCAUUCCCUGAUUCUGACAUGCACUCUGUGAUGAGAGAAAUCAUUCUAGGCUGCAACGAAGGGUCAGUUGCCCUGUUUUACUGUGUCCUGGGCUACAUGGGCUUUUUGGCCAUUCUCAGCUUUGUUGUGGCCUUUUUUGCCAGGAAACUGCCUGAGAGCUUCAAUGAGGCCAAAUUCAUCACCUUCAGCAUGUUCUUGUUUUGUAGUGUUUGGAUCUCCUUUGUUCCAGUCUACCUGAGCACCAAGGGGAAAUACAUGGUGGCUGUGGAGAUCUUCUCCAUCUUAGCUUCCAGUGCUGGGAUACUGGGCUCCAUCUUUGCUCCCAAAUGCUACAUCAUUGUGUUGAGGCCUGAUCUGAACAGCAAGGAUCAGUUAAUAAAGAGGAAAUAAUAAAUUAUGCCAUCACCUUUUGGGCUUUUCCCACCAAACUAUGAGCAAUAUAAUCUAUCUUUAUCCACAUCAUUAAAUUAUGUUGUAUUUUAUGUGUUGCGAUUGCUAUGUUAAAAUCCCCUAUGGUUUCUCUGAGACAGGAGCCCCUCAUCUUGUUUUAACCCUAAGCCUUAUUUGGAAACCAAAAAACUUUUAUGAGUACAAUAAAAUAUUGAGACCUGACUAGAACCUCAGAGGAUAAUUGAUUAGAAACUGAACAAGAAAAAUCAAUACACUGAGAAGCAUUUUUUUAAAAAGGCUAGUUCCUUUCUAGGUUUUUUCCCCUCUCAGUAAGGUUUCAGUAGAGUUGCUACUGUCAUGUCUCUGAGGUUUCAGUAGAGUGAGUCCCCACUUACUUGAUGGUUAUGUUCAAUCCCCCCCCAUAAAUGAAGAUUGGAUAAGUGGGAAGCACCCUCUAAAACCUUUUGAAUGUCUUCUCUACUGCUCUAUCUCCAUCCCAGAUCCAAAAUGCUGCACCUAAAUUACCCACAUCUGGAAUUUUGGGGGCUGAACGGAGGAUGUGUGGGGAAAGUUGCUGCUUCUGCUACUCUUCUAUGCACAUUAGCUGUCAGGUGUGGGGGGGUGAGCAGCGUAAACAACCCCCUGCUGCACCUCCAGUCUCUGCCCUCACAAGCCAUGAGAACUCUCCAGCGCUCUCCCUCCAUAACUGGGUAUUAAUUAAAUUGUUUCGAUAUCCUGGACUGUUCUUGGCGGGUUUAUUUAAACUUAAAAGGUAAAGGUACCCCUGACCGGUCCAGUCACGAUCGACUCGGCGUUUGCAUGCUCAUCUCGCUCUAUAGGCCGAGGGAGCCUGCGUUUGUAUGCAGACAGCUUCCGGGUCAUGUGGCCAGUCAUGUGAUCAUGACUAAGCCACUUCUAGUGGACCAGAGCAGUGCACGUAAACGUCAUUUACCUUCCCGCUGGAGCAGUACCUCUUUAUCUACUUGCAAUUUGACGUAAUUUUGAACUGCUAGGUGGGCAGGAGCAGGGACCGAACAAGGGGAGCUCACCCCGUCGUGGAGAUUCGAAUGGGCGACCUUCUGAUUGGCAAGGGAGAUGCUUCUGAAUGAAUAUUUUGGAGUAAAAGCAUUUUGAACUUGAGUGAAAUUAAGCUCCAUUUUAUUAGAAAAUAUAAUACUACCACACACUACUUUUUAUUUAUUACUUCUAUAUAGUGUCCCACUGACUAGUUGUGAGGUACUUUUCUGUCAGGGACACAAAUAGUUGUUUGUGGGAAUCUCUCACCAAAAUGUUCAUUCCCCAAUCUUGGCAUCCAGAGCAUUCUCCUUUUUUGAUUCCUAUUUUUCCUUUCUACCAAUGCAAACCACCUACAGAACUCUCUUUUUUUGCUUUUAAAUUAUGCUUUAUUAUACUUACUUACAUCUGUACAACAUAAACCUAAAUUCAUUGUCAAUAAACCGAAUAAUCAAAAAUCAGAUAAAAUACAAACACUUUAACAAUAAAUUUUCAUCCAAAGUGUCUGACCUCCCGUCCUUUCCAUAUUUCGUUCAUUUUAAACCUAUUGCAUAAGCUUGUCUACUUGUUUAGUAAUAAAGUAAAAAUAUCCAUGUAUUUUUCCUUUUGCAUGAAUUUUUUUACAGAGGUUAUUCAAAGGCUGCUACCAAGUUUAAAUUACAGCAACUGUUCUUGAGGUAAUUGUUGAAAACUAAUGAACUGGUGUUCAGUUGGGAAAUUUUGGGAGGCCAGAUUAAUUAUUUGCACUGGUCAGCAUUGAUAAGAGACUAGCCCACUGUUCUUCUCUUCCUCGUUGCUGUUAAUUCUGCAUGCUCUUUUGUCGUCCCAUAAACAGACAGAAGCCACUUUGGAUGAAAAAUCAGAAGCAGGGGUUUGUUUGUAUUUUGGUCAUUUUCUGAUUUUCCUGAUGUAAAGAGAGCUUGUUAUCAUCACAGCUGUAAUUAUCACUCUCCGCAUAGCUAAGUCUCCCUUGGAUAAUGUCUCAGUAGAUUUCCAGAGAAUACUAACCAGUGUCAAAACAUGGGUAUUAUAACAUCUUCUUGCCAUUUUAAGCAAGAGAUAGAAGAGAAAGAUUUUCACUUUUCUCUUCAUCAAGUUGUAAAAUAGGAUUUUAUACUGUCAAUUGUUAGAGAAGUGAUGUUCGUGAUAAGGCAGAAUAUUGUACUGAGGUUGGUUGUGAAGCAAGGCUCAUGUGCUGGAUGGAAAUAAGGCUGUUUGAUGAGAAAGAAUAUGUGCUUCAGUAUGCUGCUGUUUAUUGUGCCCCUUCUCUUUCGUCUGCCACAUCUGGUGUGCAAACAUAACACGAGUUGCACCGUCCAUGAUGUGUCCAGAAUUCCACAUGAAUACUACCAACCUGGUGAUCUUAUUGUUGGCGGACUUGCUUCCCACCUCCUUACUGCUUUUGAUGAAGAAAACUUCAAAGAAAGGCUAACUACCCAUCAGCUUCUAAAUACCUUGUAAACACUUCAAAUGUCGAAUAAUCAGAUGAUACUGAAAUAUCCCCUAGCUCUAACCAGGCCUACUCAGAAGCUAGUUCCAGGGAUUUAAGUGUGAUUUAUAUCUAGGCAGAUGGAGGGGGGCAUUUCCAAAGCUGAAGAGUUGGCUUGGAAGAAGGGAGAUGCAGAUCUGAAUGGGUCAGUGUGAUGAGAGAGAGCCUGGUCUUGUUGAUGUGUGCUCUCCUCCUCACAUCCCACCAAAUCUCUUCCAAGGAGAGUUUAACUAGGGGAGGACUCACAGACCAACCCUCCGUAGUUUAAAAUGGAAAGCCCUUCUCUGUUCUUAAUCUUCACCUCAGAAACUCUCCUGUGAGUGGUCUUAAUGGUUCACCUUUCCAUUGAGGUGGUGCUCCUAGAGCCCCUGAUGUUCUCAUCUAAGUUGGGCUAGUCGACUGCAUUUAAUAUUUCUAGAGAGGGCCUGGGUUAGAUACAUUCUAACUGUAUUCAGCUGAAGGUAGUGAUCAGUGAAGAAAUGUCAGUUAACAGUCAGUUGGGAGAAGUUCUGAGGGAGGUGUAAAUUCCAAUUCAGAGGUAAAGAUCAGGUUUUCCUGGAGGAAAAUGGCAGGACUUGGGGAAGUCUGAAUGAGCCCUAUAUUAAGCUAAAAUUCUGCUCACUUCUUAUUAGAAGAACAUUAUAAAAGCACAUUUCUUAAAUGAGAUGAGCUGUCCAAGCAGCCAAGAAUAUAAUCUGAGGAGUUUGACAGUCAGAACCUAGAUUGUACCUAGCUGCUAAACUAAUCUGUGUGUGAACUGGACACGAGUGGAGGCUUAGGGAAGUUGGUAUGAGAGAAAAGGCGUUAGAGGCUGGUGUCAACAAGAGCAUCUCUUGGAUGUUCAAAAAGUGUUGUCAAGUAUAUAAUGAACCCCAAAGUAAAUAUCAAUAUUCCGUUAUUGGGAAGGGGGGAAUUCAAUUUAGUUCAUAUUUACUGUAAAUGAGAAGCUACCAAAAAAAAUACUCUUGAAAAUAUAUUGAAACCAAACACAGUCAUCAUUUGAAAUUCAAACUUCUCCAAUUUGAAGAAUCAUUUAAGAGACCCCUUAGGGGAAAAAAUGCAUAGCCUCUCUCCCAAUGAUACAGCAUAAAAUUCUCAUUGCAGUAUUGUGCCAAAGAACUACCAGCAUAUUCUGGCCUUGGUAUUUGCUGUCAAGGAGAUCAAUGAGAACCCCAGGAUCUUACCUAAUAUUACACUGGGAUUCCACAUCUAUGACAAUUAUUUUGAUGAAAGGAUGACGUACCGGGCAGCUCUGAACCUUCCCUCUACCCUUAUACCCAACUACAAGUGCAACAUCCAGAAACACCUGGUGGCAGUUAUUGGGGGACUGGACUUGGAUACCUCCAUCUACCUGGCAAACAUCUUGGGCAUCUACAAGAUUCCCCAGGUAAGAUACCCUUGGGGGUUUCCACACUCAUUCAUCACAAUCUUUUCUAUCUAGAAAGGAUUUGUAUAAUAGAGAAAUAGUUGUGAGAGACAAAGGAGAGUGAUUCUGCCCUUCACAAAAAGUGUUCCCAGUGUGCUUUGCACAAUUAAAUAGAAUGCGUAGCAUCAAGCUGUCAGGUGACAUUAAACUAUCAGCAUAAUAAAAACAUGUCUGCUCUAGGUGGCCAUUCCUCUCCCCCAUUCUUAGGCACACUGACCAUUUCUCUCUGAUGGAGGUCUGAGAAGUGAAUGCUACGUCCAUCUAGCUUGGUGUCUCAGGUUCAGCUGAUGAUGCCACCCCUCCAUAGGGAUAUCCUAUUGCAUAAUAAUAAUGUUACUGUUUAUACCUCACCCAUUUUACUGGGUUGCCCCAGCCAUUAUGAGUGGCUUCCAUCAUAUGUAAAAUCAUAAUAAAAUAUUAAACAUUUAAAAAACUUCCUUAUAUGGGAUUGUCUUCAGAUGGCUCGGGGACUGGAUAACUCCAUACCCUCCAACAUUUCUGAUGAAAAGAAGGACAUCCUAAGAAAAAUGGGGCAUUGUGGGAUCAAAUCAGAAACUGGGACUGCUUCUGUAAAUCUGGCACUGUCCUUGGAAAAUAGGGACACUAGGAGGGUCUGCCACUGUGUUGCAUGCCAGAGAGCUGCAGGAAUGUGGUUUUUCUCAAGUGCUUUUUCCACAGGAGAGUGCUGUAGCAGCACACCAAAUGCCAUGGAGAAGGGGAGAGUGAAGUGAAGAUAUCUCCCUCCUCCCUCCCAUCCACCCUGCCAACAUAUUUAUUUUUACCACCACAGUCAUUAGAGAUGCACAAGGGCCAGCCCAAGACCCUUUGCUGCCUGAGGUGAACCAGCAAAUUAUACCCCAGUGGAACUGCAGUUUGCAAACGCUGCUGAGUUAGAGCAUGGAUAAGGAAUAUCUGAUUUAGGGACAAAAUCUAGCCCUCAAAACACUCUCCAGUCCUGCUUUCCCAACCCCUUGAGUGAGUUUGGCAGCUUGUUUUUUUACUGACUGAAAAGUGUCUUGGGAUGGAGAGAAGGUAAUGUGAUUAUGGAAGAGUGCUCAUCUCACCUCACUUCCUUAUCCACACACACCUAAAACAUGUAUUGAAAUUCCAUGCUGCUGACUGACACCCUCUCACUUUUGCUUCAUGGCCUACUGGUUGGAGAUGGAAGCUGAUCUCUUGCAAAGCUGGAAGCCUGCAAAUUCCUAUGCCCCACAAAUAACCCAGACAUGCAUUUUAAAUAAAAGGACACAUGCUACUCAUGUAAAAACACGCUGAUUUAGAAGGUGAUUGGGCCACAUCCGGCCCCCGGGCCUUAGGUUGUCUACCCCAGUCCUAACCAGUCCAAAAUUCCUUCCUGCAGUAUCCUAUUGGUCAGGAAACUGUAGUUACAUACUUUUCUGAUAUGCCUUCUUCAUGUCUUCUUUUUGACAUAUGCUCCCAACUGUUACAUACAUCCCAUGUCCAUUCACAUACAUCCCAUGUUCAUGUAAAUUGAGUGUUCAGACCCAGAAACCUCCCCCCUAAAUAAAUUCACACUUGACUCAAAUUUUGCUUUUGGUUUUUGGCAGAAUUUAGGCCUCAACUUUAUUGAUUACAGAAAGUGAGUGGUUGUAUAGGCUCUGGUUGGACUAGCUCCCUGCCAUGCAGGUAGUGCUGACCCAGGGUUCCAGCAUAGGUCAGCCAAGGGUGAACACCUGGAUAGGCAAAAAGUCAGGAAUGGACUAUGUCUGCCACCCAGAUGUCCCCCUGGACUCAGGCACGGACACAACCCCUCACAGGGGUUGACCAAACCAUUUGAGCCCCUGGAUUCCUUUAACAGAAUACCCUUCACAUAGGGAUGGCGAGAGCAUUCAACCAUCCCUAUCACCUGAACCAGAGCCUAUCCACAACCUUACAAGUUGUGACAAUUUGCUACGUGGCAGUCGAAACCCAAAUGACAACAGCCAAUCAGCCAAGUGGGGAAAAUUCUUGCCGUGCCCCUGUCCCAACGACAGAUGAUACACGGCGGCAUAGCAAGGUCAAGUGCAACAAGCCCUAAAGUAGGAAGAGGUGGGCAGGUGUUCCGAAUGCAUGCGCCCAAAGAGGAAGCUCUGGGUCAUGUGCAUAGGCUUAUAUACGUCCCUUGAUCUGUUUGGACUGCACCCCAUUGGCCAAACUGAACCCAGCAUCGAGGGACCUACCAACUGGGUGCUGUGGCUGACCAAUCUAACCCACCGACAACACAGGGGAUCGGAUUCCAGGUCUCACUGCAACACAUGCCCUCUUUAAGGGAGGACACGAUUAAGCUGUAUCUCCGCCUGGGGCGUGCUUACUAAUAUUCAUGAAGCUUUUAAGCAUGCACAAUGCUCUCUUAACUAUUCUCUGCCAUUCUGAGUCACCCAGACCCUAUACAUCUAUCAACUCUCCAGGGUCAGUGUGGGCUUCUAAUACAUUCUUCCAUAGAUAACGCUGUUCCUAGCCAUCUAAUGGCAACUUUAACAAGGAAAGGAGCCUCUUUGGGAGGAUUAUCCAAUUCAGCUAGCCUGUUUACUCCUCACAGCUGCUAUGUCUCCUUUUUAGUAUCUCCAGCAAUUAAACUCAGGUUGUAAUACAUUAUUUUGCACAGAUAAGCAGUUCUACAGAAGGGGCCCUUUGCGAAUCUCUUGUGGGCAAAGAGUUUAAAAACAGAACCUCAGUGUCUAAUGGCAGGCAUGGUCGUUCCUGCUCUUAUUUAUUUAUUUAUUUAUUUAUUUAUUAUUCCACACACCCCUCCCUGCUUUCUGGAAACUGCUUUUUUGAGGCAACUUGCUCAUCUUGCCUCCUGGGUGGGCAGGCCCUGGAUGCACGUGCCCAGUCCUUCUGCAAUUAUAGAUGAUGCUCCUUUAUUUCCUUUUAGCUAACUUAUGGCUCCUUUUCUCCAGAGGAUACUGGUCAAAGCCAAUCCGCUUCCUUCUACAGGAUGGUGCCCAAUGAAGCCCAACAGUACACUGGGAUUGUUGAGUUACUUCUGCACUUUGCUUGGACGUGGGUUGGGUUGCUUGCUGCAGAAAGUGGAGAGAGAUUUAUUCAGACGCUGAAACCUCUGCUCUCCCAGAAAGGUAUUUGCUUGGCCUUCUCAGAGACAAACCUGAAAAAAACACAUUUGGCUGAGUACUAUGUCAUGUAUUUCCACUGGAUCCAAAUUUAUCAAGCUAUUAGGGAAAGUAAAGCCAAGGUGGUGGUUGUCUAUGGAGGAACAAAGUCCAUGCUUGUAUUGCAGACAAUGAUAGCACUAGGUGAAAUGGAAAAUGUGACCAAGACAUCUGAUGGCAAGGUGUGGAUUUUGACGGCACAACUGGAUUUCACAGCACCGCCCUUGCAAAUGAGCCUGGAUAUGCAAAUCUUCCAGGGUUCCCUCUCCUUUGCAGUUCAUUCAAAUGUGGUACAAGGAUUCAAAGCCUUUCUUCAGGCACAAAAUCCUUUUGAGGCAAAUGGAAAUGGCUUUGUCAAGCAGUUCUGGGCACAAGUCUUUCUCUGUUUAUUUCCAUACUCCAGUACAAAGGAGCAGGCCAGUGAAACCUGCACUGGAGAGGAGAAGCUGGAGAAUCUCCCUUCGUCUGCUUUUGAGAUGACCAUGUCUGGCCACAGCUACAGUCUCUAUACUGCUGUCUAUGCCAUAGCACAUGCUCUACAUGCCAUGUUCCUGCCUGGAGCCAAAUAUAGGAGAAUGGUGGAAGGAGAGAUGCAGGAGUUUUGGCCUUGUCAGGUAAUCCCUGUCAUUUGAUAUCAUUUAUUUGACAUAGGCAGUGAUAUGCAAAACAGUACCCUGAAAAAUUUUAAUCUCCACAUUCUCCAUUUGUGUGCGGAGAAGCUGCUCAUUCAGGACUAGCUCAGUGAAGAGUCAGACUGUUCUGCUUACAGCUGUUUAGCAGGCGGAUCCAACCCUGCACUCUCCAGUUGUUUUGUGAGCAACUUCCUUUGUGUGCAUGGGAAAACAUGCAGCAAACAGAAGCAUGGAAAUAUAGGAUGUAAAACUGUAAAAUAUGCCCUUUCCAGUGAAUUCCAGAAAAUCCCACUUUCCUAGCACAAAAAUAGAUCACAAGCUUAGCAGGUCGUAAUGUGGUUUACUUACAAAACUCUUCUAAGUUCAAAAGUUUUAUGGAACACAACACUCAGAAAAAUGUUGCAGAAGUAGAAGACAAAAUGGUAAAAGUUCCUAAUCUUUCUAUUGGUAUAGAAAAUGGUAGUUUCAGAUUACAUUCUUGUCUGAAAUAAACAGGCUUCUUAAUUCCAUGUGGCUGUAGGGAGCAUCUCAGAACUCCACACAAACGAAAUUCACAUAUAGAGUGAGCAGAACAAUAGGCUUUGUUGCCCAUUUCUUCAAAAGAUAAGGGGCUGGGACAUAGGCCAAGUCUGUCAGAACACCUUUUUCUAACGACAUUAAACCCUUUAUGUAUUUGUUAGACACAAGAAUGAAGGUUAUAUGAGGCUAGUUGGGCAGUGUGUGUGUGUGUGUGUGUGUGUGUGUGUGUGUGUGUGUAGAUAUCCAAGCAUGGUCAGUCAUGCAUUGGGAUUUUCCCCAUAGGAAACAAUGGAGAUCAUUGGCUCAGUAUGUGAAUGCUCGCCCUACAAACCAUUUCUCAGAAAACAGAUUAUAUUUGCAUGGCACUACCUCCCUGUGUUGACAGUCUGGAGGCAUCCUGAAUGUGAAAAAGGAGAGACAUUUGCAUUACUUCAAAGUUACUCUUUUCUUUCAAUGCAGCUCCAUCCCUUUCUUAGGAGUGUCUCCUUUAACAACUCUGCUGGGGAAACGGUAUCUUUUAGUGCGAACAGGGAAGUAGAAGCUGGCUUUGAUAUCACCAACCUGGUCACUUUUCCAAAUAACUCCUUCAUGAAGGUGAAGGUUGGAAGGGUUGGUGUGGAGGCUACACCUGACCAGCCAUUCACCCUUGAUGACAACAGAAUGGUGUGGCACAGAAGCUUUCACCAGGUGAGGCAUAAUUCCCACAUCUAUGAGAGAUGGGUAAAGAGAAUGUUAUUCUACGUACAGAUCAUCAGUCCAGCACAUACCUGCCUUUCCAGCCAGAUUCUAAACAUUUUUUUCUCUGCACUGUGUAAGAAUACAGUGGUACCUCAGGUUAAGUACUUAAUUCGUUCUGGAGAUCCGUUCUGAACCUGAAACUGUUCUUAACCUGAAGCACCACUUUAGCCAAUGGGGCCUCUUGCUGCUGCCACGCCGCAAGAGCAUGAUUUCUGUUCUCAUCCUGAAGCAAAGUUCUUAACCUGAAGCACUAUUUCUGGGUUAGUGGAGUCUGUAACCUGAAGCGUAUGUAACCCGAAGCGUAUGCAACCUGAGGUACCACUGUAAUAGAAUCUUAGAGUUGCAAAUCAUGUGGCCCACGAUGCAGGAAUCACAACAUAAGAUCUUGCUGGCUCAGAUCAACGCCCAACCAGUGUAGGAUCUCACCAUUUGCCAAUCUUGUCCAGCAUCUGGAUAUGGCAUGUGGCUUUUGACUUGGGGUUCUUUUCAUCCAAGUGCUUUUCAUGAGUCUCUUGGGAAGAAGAAGUGGUUUGCUGCUUGCAGUUGAAAUGCUGGUGUUUGAGAAGGAAGUAAAAUCCCACAAUUUUUUGUUUUACUUGCCAAAGAUCCAGAACAAACCUCCACUCCCCAGAACUUUCCCCAGGACGCCGCUUCCGCCUUUGAAAUCCUGGACACAUGGCAGCCCUAAUUUUACUGAGACACCUAAGACCAUUAUUCAUGUUCUUUUAAAAUAAUCAUAAUUAUAACAAGUGUGCUUAUGCUAGUCACUUGUAUCCUAAGGAAAAAGGAACUGUAGGCAAGGGUGGAGGAGUCUACAAUUUUAUGGAAACUGGCUAAAUUUAUACCUCUCAGACUAGUACACAUAUAGGAACAUCAUUGCUUAUCUUUCAGGUUUCACAUUUCUGUCGAUCUUGUGGUAUAGUCUCAGCUCAAAAAAAGGACAAAAUGGUGUGAAAAAUACACCUGGUAGGAUAAAAUACACUUGAAAAUGCAUCUGUUAAGAUAAAAUGCAUGGCAGGGAGUGUGAAGGGGGCUUCUAAGGACAUUUGGUUGAACUCCUUUCUGAAGACUCAUUCUGGGGACCGAGAUAAGAACAGAAAAUUCGAAAUCACAGGGAGGCUUCUCAGUGUGUUCAGCCUGUCAGAGCUUUCUGCUUAGUAUGCAAAGAUCAUUGGUGGAACAGCUAUGGGAACAAUAUGGGCAGAGCUGGUGAGACCACACUCCACAAGGUCUCCACAUUUGUAGAUCAUUUUCGGCACUACGCUUCUGUCAUCUUCACAAAGCAUGAUUGCUGCAAUUGGAAAAUUGGAGGUGUAAAAGGUAUUACUUUAUAUAUGGGGAGAAAAGGGGGCAGGGCUGGCAAAGAUGAAGCCCCAAUCCCCUUCCCUAUUUCAGCUGUCAUGCAUUCUUUCUGAAUGCCAGAAAGGGGCUCAAACAUGGUCAGUUUCAGCAUUAUUUUGGUUUAUUUUAAAAAACAACAACAUGAAGAGCCAAAUGAGUAGCCUGGCACUGUGUUUCGAAUAAGUAGUUUGGUGUCUUCCUACUGCCAGCUGGAAGAAAAAAGAAACCAAAAGCGCUACUUACUUCUGUGUGCUAAACGGUUAAUCUGUUUAUUUAAAUGGGCAGGUGCCACCCCUUUCUGUGUGUAACCCAAGUUGUCCUCCUGGUUCCAGGAAGGAGAAGAAGGAGGGGGAGCCAUUCUGCUGCUAUGGUUGUGCUCCAUGUCCUCAAGGCAAGAUUUCAUCCGAAAAGGGUAAGAGACACAGGAUAUAUAACAUUGGGUAACAAUUUUUUACUUUUUGAAUGUUGUCUAGAUUUCUACAACUGAUUUAGGGUAUUUUGGCACUGCUGUAUCAGGAAAUGGCAUCCAUUUCUCUCCAUCAGGUCAGGUUUACUGUAAACUGAAUGGUGGGCAUUGAUAAAGGUAAGUACACGUAAAUUGCAUGUUGCUUCACCAUUUUUCAAACUUCAGGGCUUGAACUUCCGUUUCUUGGAACUCCUGGAAUGCUCAGUGGCAGGGAGGUCUCUCUUCAGAGUCCAACAGUAGUCAGCCAUCAUGACUGCGUCCCAGCGACCCUGAUACCUGGUCUCCAUCUCUUUCAUGUCCUGAUGGAAUCUCUCCCCCUGCUUGUCAUUCAUUGAACCCAGGUUCUCAGGAAACCGGUCCAUAUGUGAAAAUGGGUAGUGCAUCUUGACACUCAUGUUGCAGCCCAGGUUUUGGAUAGCAGUCAGCAUGUUGCUGACAAGUUCUGCGUAGUUUCUGGCCUUAUUGUUGCCAAUAAAGUUCUUCACUACCAGAACAAAUGCCUUCCAUGCUUCCAGUUCCACUUCGUUCAUUGACUUUCUGAACUCUGGAUCUCUGAUGAGCUGAAAGAUCUGAGGACCGUCAAAGAUGCCAGCUUUCAACUUCUCCAUGGUCAAUCCUGGAAAAGCCUGGCACAAGUAAGUGAAGCAGUCACCGUCCUUGUCCAGAGCCUUGGUGAACUGCUUGAUUAAGCCGAGCUUGAUGUGCAGCAGUGGGAAGAGUAUUCUGUCUCUGUCCACCAGAGGGUCGUCGAUGACGUUCCUUUCUUUGCAAGGCACCAAUUCCUCCCGCACAGGCCAGUCCUUCUUCGUGUAAUGCUGAGCACGGUCCCUACUAUCCCACAUGCACAGAAAACAUGGGUACUUGGUGAAGCCAGACUGUUGCCCCAACAAAAAGUUCACCAUCUUCAGGUCAACACAAAUAAACCACUUAUGCUGAUCAUAACCAAUUUUCUCCAGCACAUACUUCACCGCUUCAUAGUUCUCCUUCAGUGUACUCGAGUGAGCCAGGGGUAUAGAGGCAAACUGGUUGCCGUUGUGUAGCAGAACACGUUUCAGUGAUUGCUUGCUGCUGUCAAUGAACAGUCUCCAAUCUUUGGGUUCGUACUGUGGCACUCCAAGCUUGAGCAGAAGCUGCCCAAUAUCUGCACAGUACACCAAGUCCUUCUCUUCCGAGAAAAAACGGAGGUACUCUUGAUGCCUGUUGCGGAAGAAGCUGAUGCGAGCACUGUCAGAGAGGAGUUUUUUCCCUUCAAUCUGGAUGCCAACAGUUCGGCAGAGUCCUUUGACAAGCUGAGGUCGCUUACUAGAUCAUUCAACUCCUUUUGGGAAAAUGGAUGUGGAGCAUCAUCUUCAAGAACCACUUCUUCUUCUUCAUGUCCUUCAACACUGGAGGCAUCUUCGUCACUAAUGUCAGGAAGUUCUUCGAUGAUAGGCACUGGAAUUUCAUCACAGUGAGCUACAGGACGACGUGCUGAUUGAAGAUCAGGAUACUUGAGGCUGUUCCGGUUAUUUCUGUUGAUCCCAGCCGCACCAAUAUAUGGAAGAUUUUGAGGUUUUAUGACUUCAAACUGAUCCCUUUUCGACAUAAUCACCCAGAACUAUCGGAACUGAAUACUUCUUGUCAUUAAAAUAAUCAUUUCCAAUCAAAAGAAUUAUUUGACAUGGCAUUUUACCCCCACCAACUUCUUCUAAAAUGCUCCACACAAGCGUACAUGUGAACAAAAACGUUAAAAAAUGACAUGUGGCCAUAGCUCAAAAACUUGACCUGAUUGAACAAAACCAAUGUGAUUUUUGGAUUCAGCGCAUCAGAUUCAUCCUAAAUCAACUGAAAAAAUGCAGACAACAAAUUUGUUGUUGACCAGUGUAAUGAUUCAAGGAGUGAGAUUUAGAUUUCUUUCUCAUUCAAGUGGAAUAAUAAAAAAAAAUUCUCCUCCAUACCUGUUGGCAGAUAGACCCCAUAAAGGAUUAGGGACCCACUCCUAAAAAGAAUUGGUUUGACAUCAUCAUGUAAUCUUUGUCACAGGUUAAAAUAAAGGAGGCAAUUUUGAAUUCAAUGUACCAGUGAUAUGACUUAGUAUGAGACAAAUGUCUUAGUUCAGGCAAUAGCAAAUAAUCAUGCGUCUGAUUGAUGCGCGAUCGCACACCAGCGUGAGGUGGAAUGGGGUCAGCAUAGGGUGUGGGGGUGGAACAGGCUAAGAAUGGAACCCCUGUGCAAAAAGGUCAUGGACUGUAGCUGUUCUGAACAAUAAAAAAGUGGUUUAUGUGGAGUUAGCAAGUCAUCACAGGACACUCCACAUAACCGAACAAAAGUUCUGAGGCAUAGCUGUCAAUUUUCCCCUUUUCUUGCGAGAAUUCCUAUUUGGAAUAAGGGAAUAUCCCUUUUAAAAAGGGAAACGUUGACAGCUAUGUUCUGAGGUGGGAUUCUGAUGCAUCACUUUCAAUCUGGUUACCCUGGAAAUAACUGUAAUAACUCUCAUUUAACAUUAUGAGUUCCAUACUCGCAGUAUUAGUAGUUGCUCUCCAACACAUCCAAAAUGUGAAUGUAUUAUUUUCUUUCCAGACAUGGUUGACUGUGUUGCAUGCCCAAAGGACCACUAUCCACACGGGAACCAAUCACAAUGCAUUCCAAAGACCAUCAGCUUCCUGUCUGUUGAAGACCCUCUGGGGAUGAGCUUAGCAUUGUUGGCUCUUUCUCUCUCUCUCCUCACACUGGUGGUCCUAGCCAUCUUCAUUAAACAUCAGGACACACCCACUGUCAGAGCAAACAAUCGGGACCUCACCUACACUCUCCUCACUUUCCUCCUGCUCUGCUUCCUCUGCCCAUUGAUCUUCCUCAGCCCUCCAGAAAGAGUCAGCUGCCUGCUCCGACAAAUGGCUUUUGGCCUUGUUUUCACAGUGACCGUUUCUUGUGUUCUGGCCAAAACGAUCACGGUGGUUCUGGCCUUUGUGGCCACCAAACCAGGAUCCAGAAUAAGGAAGUGGGUGGGGAAAAGACUGUCAAGCUCCAUUGUGAUUUCUUGUUCCCUUAUCCAAGCAGGCAUUUGUGCUGUGUGGUUAGUAACCUCUCCCCCAUUUCCUGAUUCUGACAUGCAGUCUGUGAUGAGGGAAAUCAUUCUAGGCUGCAACGAAGGGUCAGUUGCCCUGUUUUACUGUGUCCUGGGCUACAUGGGCUUUUUGGCCAUUAUCAGCUUUGUUGUGGCCUUUUUUGCCAGGAAAUUGCCUGAGAGCUUCAAUGAGGCCAAAUUCAUCACCUUCAGCAUGUUCUUGUUUUGUAGUGUUUGGAUCUCCUUUGUUCCGGUCUACCUGAGCACCAAGGGGAAAUACAUGGUGGCUGUGGAGAUCUUCUCCAUCUUGGCCUCCAGUGCUGGGAUACUGGGCUCCAUCUUUGCCCCCAAAUGCUACAUCAUUGUGUUGAGGCCUGAUCUGAACAGCAAGGAUCAGUUAAUAAAGAGGAAAUAAUAAAUUAUACCAUCAUCUUUUGGGUUUUUUCCACCAAACCAUGAGCAGUUUAAUCUCUCUUUAUCCACACCAUUCAGUUAUGUUGUUUUUUACAUGUUGCACUUCCUAUGUGCAAUUUCUUUUAAAAUCCCCUGUGGUUUCUCUGAGACAGGAGCCCCUCAUCUUGUUUUAACCCUAAGGCUUAUUUGGAAACCAAAAAACUGUCAUGAGUACCAUCAAAUAAUGAGACCUGACUAGAAAUUCAGAGGGUAAUUGAUUAGAGACUGAACAAGAAAAAACAAUAUACUGAGAGGCAUUUUUUAAUAAGGCUUGUUCCUUUCUAGGUUUUGUCCUCUCACUAAGGUUUCAGUAGAGUUGCGUGGUGAGAUCCCGCCUCCCACCAGUAGAAAUAAAGACACAGGACACAGUAAUUUAGGUUAAUGGGCUAAAAUUAGACCACAACUUUAUUGGUUACAGGUGAUGAGUGGUAUUGGCUUAGGCAUUGGUCCUAUCGACUAUCCAGCUUCAGCCUGCUAGCUUGAAGACCGGGAAGGGUUAACAUCAGCAGGGGAGCCCUGCUGAUGCACAUCAACUAGGCACUCCCCCGGGGUCACCGCUUGGGGGCGUGUCUUGGGCCCUGGCCUCCAUAGGCUUCGGACGGGGCCACGCCCCCCGGAAUCCUUUACUGGACUACUCUUCAAUAUCAGGGGGAGGUGAUGGUGCUCCCCCCCAUACAUCUACAUAACAAUACCCAUACCAAUGCCUAACCGCCAAAGCCGAGAAUGUUGUGAUGAUUUGUUACGAGGUAGACGAAAAACCAAAUGGCUGGUGCCAAUUUGCCAAGUGGAAAAACAUCCUACAAGGCCCCUUAACGGCGACCAACCGAGGUCCAUAGCAAGGUCAAAAGAGGAACCUUGAGAGGCGGGUGGGUGGGAAACCAAUGCAGCUGAGCGGCCAAAGAGGGAGAUUCCUGGCCGUGCUUGCCUUAAAUGAGGCAAGGCACACCCCCUGGGCCAGCUGAUUGGCUGGCCCGCGGAUGACUCGGCCGAGGAUUUCCCAGAUCGCAUGGGGCUGUAAGCCAGCCUCUGCGCGUGUGUUGGGGGUGUGAUGCCCACAACAACACCUCCUCCCGAGGUUGGAAGUGGCUUUGCUACUGUCAUGAUGCCCAGUCUCAGAGAUUUCAGUACAGCGAGUCCCACUUACUUGGAGGUUAUGUUCAAGUGGCCCACAUACAUAAAUGAAGAUUGAAUAAGUGGGGAGCACCCUCUAAAACUCUUUGAAUGUCUUCUCUGCUGCUCUCCCUCCAUUCCAGAUCAAAAUUACUGCACCUAAUACCCACAUCUGGAAUUUUGGGGGCUGACUGGAGGAUGUGUGGAAAAGUUGCUGCUUCUGCUGCUCUUCUAUGCACAUUAGCUGUCAGGUGGGGGGGGCUGAGUAGCGUAAACAACCCCCUGCUGCACCUCCAAUCUCUGCCCUCACAAGCCAUGAGAACUCUCCAACGUUCUCCCUCCAUUUCUGGGUAUUAAUUAAUUAAUUUGGUUGUUUAUCGUGUGCAGUGGGGGAUGCCUGUGGUCAUGGGCAGUAUAUGCUAGACCGUUCCUGGUCUGGGGGUUUUAAACUUAAAAUUCAAUGAAUAACUAUUUUGGUAUUUCCCCCCCCCCAUUUAUUUAUUUAUUUAUUUAUUCAUACAACAAGAAAAAAACACACACAAAAAAACACAAAUACCAAAUUACACACAAAUUACAAAAAUAACCAUAGACACAUAAUUUUCUUGGCAAACAAUAAAACAUCUAUUGGUCUUAACACUAAAGACCCAACUUCCCGUCUAUUCCAUAUUUCAAAUUCAUAUUACGUAUUGCCAAUACACAUUUUUUUUCAUAAUUAAACUUAUUCUCAAUAAAUCAAAUUUCUUCUAUCUACCUAGCAACUAUCACUGAAGUUCCUCGAAUGCUGCAACAGAUUUAAACUACUAUAUUUAUUUUUCAGAUAUUCUUCGGUAUUUUGGUAUUUUUAAUGGGUUUAUUGUUAUACAAUGGGCAGAAUGCUUCUGAAUGAAUAUUUUUGGGUAAAAGCAUUUUGAACGUAAGUGAAAUUAAGUACCAUUUUACUAGAAAAUAUAAUAUCACCAUUCACUACUUAUUACUUCUAUAUAUUACUCCCACCAAAUAGUUGUGAGGUGCUAUUCUAUCAGGAAAACAAAUAGUUGUCCUUUUCACCAUUCCUUCGUCUCAGUAUAAUUGUCAGAAAACUAAUCAACUGGUGUUCAGGUGGGAAAUUUUAGGAGGUCAGAUUAAUCAUUUCCACUGGUCAGCACUGAUAAGAAACUGGCCCACUAUUUUUCUCUUCCUCGUGGCUGUUAAUUCUGCAUGCCCUUUUCUUGUCCCAUAAACAGUUAGAAAGAACUUUGAAAGAAACAUCAGAAACAGGGUUAUUUUUGGGGGACAUUUUCUGAUUUUCCUGAUGUAAAGAGAGAUUGUUAUUAUCUCACCUAUAAUUAUCACUCUCAACAUGGCUAAGUAUCCCUUGGAUAAUGUCUCAGUAGAUUUCCAGAGAAUACGAACCAAUGUCAAAACAUGGGUAUUAUAACCUCUUCCUGCCAUUCUUUGCAAGGAAGAGGACAGAGGAAGAGGAAGGAGUUUAACUAUUUUCUUAAUCAAAUUAUAAAAUAGGAUUUUAAUCUGUGAAUUGUUAGAGAAGUGCUGUUCAUCAUAAGGCAGAAUAUUGUACUGAGGUUGGUUGUGAAGCAAGGUUCAUUUGCUGGAUGGAAAUAAGAUUGUUUCAUGAGAAAGAAUAUUUGCUUCAAUAUGCUGCUGUUUAUUCUGCCCCUUCUCUUUCAUCUGCCACAUCUGGUGUGCCAACAUACCACGAGUUGCACCGUCCAUGAUCUGUCCAGCAUUCCACAUGAAUACUACCAACCUGGUCAUCUUAUUGUUGGCGGACUUGCUUCUCAUCUCUUUGCUGCUUUUGACAAAGAAGACUUCAAAGAAAGGCUAACUAUCCACCAGCGCCUUAAUACCCAGUAAAGACAUCAAAUGUCAAAUGAUACUGAAAUAUCUUCCAGUUCUAACCAGGCCUAAUCAGAAGCUAGUUCCCCUGAUUUCAGUUGGAUUUACUUCCACUGAAGGGAAAUGCAGAUCUGAAUGUGUCAGUGAGAUGAGCCUGGUCUUGUUGAUGUGUUCUCUCCUCCCCACAUCCCACUAAAUCUCUUCCAAGGCGUUUUACAAGAGGAGGACUCAAAGAUUAAACCUCCUCGUUUAAGAUUGAAAGUCCUUCUCUGUUCUUUAUCUUCACCUCAGAAAAUCUUGUGUGAAGUUUCUAAAAGGCUCACCUCUCCUUUGAGGUGAUGCUUGAAUAACCCCUGAUGUUCUCAUCCAAGUCAGGCUAGAUGAUUGUCUUUAAUCUUUAUAGACAGUGCCUGGAUUAGAUACAUUCCGACUGUAUUCAGCUGAAGGUAGUGAUCAGUGAAGAAAUGUCAGUUAACUGUUAGUUGGGAGACGUUAUGAGGGAGGUUUGAGUUCCAAUUGAGUGGUAAAGAUCUGAUUUCCCUGCAGAAAAAUGACAGGAGUGGGAAAGUCUGAAUGAGCCCUACAUUAAGCUGAAAUUCUGCUCUUUUAGGGGAAAUUGUUCUGCAGAUAUGUGUAUAUUAGGGCAAAAUGUACGCUAAAAAACACAAGAAUCAUAAAGAGGCCACUGAAAAACAUGCAUAGCACAUCUCUCAAUGAUACAGCAUAAAAUUCUUGUUGCAGUAUUGUGCCAAAGAACUACCAGCAUAUUCUGGCCUUGGUAUUUGCUGUCAAGGAGAUCAAUGAGAACCCCAAGAUCUUACCUAAUAUUACACUGGGAUUCCACAUCUAUGACAGUUACUUCGAUGAAAGGAUGACCUACUGGGCUGCUCUGAACCUUCCCUCCACAUUUAUACCCAACUACAAGUGCGACACCCAGAAACAUCUGAUGACAGCUGUUGGGGGACUGGACUUGGAUACCUCCAUCUACCUGGCAAACAUCUUGGGCAUCUACAAGAUUCCACAGGUAAGAUGCUGCCUAGGGGAUUUCACACAUUCACCAUGAUUUCUUCUGUCCAGAAAGGAUUCGUGUAAUAUAGAAACAGUUGUGAGAGACGAAAGAGAGUGAUUCUGCCCUUCACAAGGUAAUGUGAUGGUAGAAGAGUUCUCAUCUCACCCCAGUUCCUUGUCCAAACACACCUGAAAACAUGUAUCCAAAUUCCAUGCUACCAGCUGACACCCUCUCACCUUUGCUCCAUGGCCUACUGGUUGGAGACGGAAGCUGCUCUCUUGCAAAGCUGGAAGCCUGCCCAUCAGGAGUCAGCUGCCCGCACAUUGUGGCACUUCAUGGGGAUUUUGUGUGUUAGUGGCUUGAGAGAGGAAGGAAAGACGCCAUGAAAUCUGGAGUUGAAAUUUUGUGGUGAAGCAACAUGAAAGAAACAGGGGAGAGAAAAGCAGCAGUACAGAAAAAACCUAGAGAUCACAGUGGAUAAAGAAAAGGAGGGCAGAGGAGAGGAAAGCAGGAGUUCAGGGAACUGGGAAUGGAAGUAUGGCAAAGAAGGAGGUGGAGGCUGAGAAACACAGGGUGCAACCUGCCACCCUUCCCAGCUUUCUGGAACCUGCCAUCUUAAGGCAACUGGCUCAUUUUGCCUCCUGGGUGGACAGGUCCUGGGUGCACAUACCCAGUCCUUCUGCAAUUGUAGAUGAUGCUCCUUUAUUUCCUUUUAGCUCACUUAUGGCUCCUUUUCUCCAGAGGAUGCUGGUCAAAGCCAAUCCACUUCCUUCUACAAGAUGGUGCCCAAUGAAGCCCAUCAGUACACUGGGAUUGUUGAUUUACUUCUGCACUUUGGCUGGACAUGGGUUGGAUUGCUUGCUAGAGAAAGUGACAGUGGAGAGAGAUUUAUUCAGACCCUGAAACCUCUGCUCUCCCAGAAAGGCAUUUGCUUGGCCUUCUCAGAGACAAUCCUGAAAAUGAUACAUUUGGCUGACGUGUUUCCAGACUUGAUCCAAAUUUAUCAAGCUAUUAUGGAAAGUAAAGCCAAGGUGGUGGUUUUCUAUGGGGGAAUAAAGUCCAUGCUUACCUUGAGAGAAAUUUUAGCAAUUGGUGAAUUGGAAUAUGUGACCAAGACAUCUGUGGGCAAGGUGUGGAUUCUGACGGCACAGUUGGAUUUCACAGCACGGACCUAUCAAAUGAACCUGGAUAUGCAAGUCUUCCAGGGUUCCCUCUCCUUUGCGGUUCAUUCAAAUAUGGUGCAAGGAUUCAAAGCAUUUCUUGAGGUACAAAAUCCUUUUGAGGAAAAUGGAAAUGGCUUUGUCAAGGAGCUCUGGGCACAAGUCUUUCUCUGUUUAUUUCCAAACUCCAACACAGAGGAGCAGGCCAGUGGAACCUGCACUGGUGAGGAGAAGCUGGAGAAUCUCCCUUCAUCUGGUUUUGAGAUGAGCAUGACUGGCCACAGCUACAGUCUCUAUAAUGCUGUCUAUGCAACAGCACAUGCUUUACAUGCCAUGUUCUUGUCCAGGACCAAAAACAAAUUAGCGGUGGAAGGAGAGAUGCGGGAGCUUUGGCCUUGGCAGGUAAUGUCUCUCAUAAGAGAUAAUUUAUUUCACAUAGGCUGUGAUAUGCAAAACAGUUCCCUGAAAAAUUUUGAAGCUCCAGUGUAAGAGCACAUUAUCCCUUGUGUGCAGAAAAGCUACUCAUGGAGUAAGACAGUGAAGUAACAGACCUGUCCCACUUUUUUGUGAGCAACUUCCUUUGUGUGCAGAGAAACUGUUAGUGAAGGCGGAUCCAAUCCUGCACUGUGCUGCUUUAGCCAAAGCAGCUUCACUGCACAAAAGUUACAGGGAGGAUCCCAGCCUAGACCGAGAGGUGAAGGAGAGGGCUGGUAGAGAGAGGCAGGUGGAGCUGGAGAAAAAAGGAGCUGUGGCUGGGCAAUGGGAUGGAGAACAGCAAGGAAAAGGACUUUAAACCUGUUUUUUAGUUUGUGCUGAGCUUGCUAAACAAUAUCAUUCUUGUUGGACUCUUUGGUGAGAGAACCCAGAAGAGAUUUAAUAUGGCAACUCAUGCCGCAAAUAAUGGCAUGAAAUUUAGGUGUUAAAACCUUAAAAUGUGCCCUUUAAGUCAAUCCCAAAGCAUCUCACUUACUUAGCACAAGGAUAGACCACACAAUUAGUAAGUUAUACAUAGUUUACAUACAAAACUCUUCAAAGGUCAGAUUCAUGUGCUUUUCCAUACGGCUGUCAGUUUUGCAGGCGGUCAAACAUAGCUCGAUUACAAAAAUGGUUAAAGGUCCUAAAAUAUUGGUAUAGAAAAUACUGGUUUCAUACUCCAUUCUUGUCUGAAACACAGGAAACUGGUUGGAGGGAGCAGCUCAGAGCUCCACAGGAACAUCAUUCAAAUGUAGGCUGAAUGGAACCAAAGGUUUUGUUGCCCAUUUCCUCCCAAGGUGAGGGGAAGUGACAUUGGCCAAGCCUGGCAGGACAACUUCCUCUAUGGCAUCAAGCACCUUGUGCAUUAAUUAGGCUCAAGCGUACUGAUCACCCUACUGUUUCCUUAGAAGCAGGAGAUAUCCAAGCAGUGGGAACUGAAAGGAUGGAUUUUUUUUCUUAUUAGUGAGGAAUGCAUUGGGAUUUUCCCCACAGGAAACGAUAGAAAUCGUCACCUGAGUAGGCAAAUGCUUGCCUUACAAAUGAUUUUUCAGGAACAGAUUAGGUUCUUAUAGCAAUUCUUGCAUGUACAGACAGACUGGAAGCAUCGUGAGUGCCAAUAAGGAGAGACGUAUGCAUCACUUCACACUUAGUAUUUUUCUUCCAAUGCAGCUCCAUCCCUUCCUCAGGACUGUCUCCUUCAACAACUCUGCUGGAGAAACUGUAUCUUUUGGUGAGAACAAGGAAGUAGAAGCUGGCUUUGAUAUUACCAACCUGGUCACUUUCCCAAAUAACUCCUUCGUGAGGGUCAAGGUUGGAAGGGUGGAUGUGCAAGCCACCCCAGGCCAGCAAAUUUCCAUUGAUGACAACAGAAUGGUUUGGCACAGAAGCUUUCACCAGGUGGGGCAUAAUUCCUACAUCCAUGAGAUAUAGGAAAGCAAUGGAAUUGCACUUUUAGAUUUUCCUCUGCACUACCUAAGAACCUAAAAUGAGCUUGCUGGAUCAGUCCAAUGGCCCAUCUUGUCCAGGAUAACACCCAUGGCCAGUCUUGUCCUGCAUCUGGAUAUGGUGUACAGGUGACUGUUACCUUGUGUGUCUCUCUAUCCCAGGGUAUUUCAUGAGUCUCUUGUCAAGAAUGAGGUGUUUGUUGCUCCGAUGGGAAGGAAGCAGGGACUGUGGAGUUUCUGGGCAACUGUUUUUCUCACCUACAGUACAAUGAGGAAAUUGAUUUCUUAGACUGAGGAAGACUCAAACCUCAAUAUCUUUAGGUGCCAGGUGAAAACAUUCCUCUUCCCCCAGUUUUUUGUCAGAUUAAAGUAUCUCUGGCCUUUUGAACUGCCGGUGAUAUUUCUUUGGUUGUUACUGUAUAAGGUAGAUAUUUGUGGUUUUAUACAGAAAAUGACCCUGUGAUCAGAGGAAGAGGGGUAUAGAAAAAUAGAUACCUAUGGGAAACCUACAAGUUGGAUCUGAGCACAAGACCGUUCUCCACACAGUCUCCAGGUUUGUAGCUCAUUCUUUGGAGUGUGUUUUUGUCCUCUCCAAGAAGCACAAUUGUUUCACACAUGCUAUGAUUGGUAAAUAGGGGGUGGAACAGGUAUUAUAUUUUGUAUGGGGACAAUAGGGGCAGUGCUGGUGAAGGAGAAUCCCCAAUCCUCUUCCCCUUUGCAUCCUCAUGCAUUCUUCCUGAAUGCCUGAAAGGGGCUCAAACAUGGUAAGUUUCAGCAUUAUUUAUUUUUAUUUUUAUCUUAAACCAACGAAAAAGAAAAUGAGUAGCUGGCACUGAGUUGGGAAUAAGUAGUUUAGUGUCUUCCUACUGUUGGUUGGAAGAAAAAGGAAACAAAAAGUGCUAAUAAUUUCUGGGUGCUAAAAUAUUUGUGGGUUUAUUUCAAUGGGCAGAUUCCACCCCUUUCUGUGUGCAACCCAAGUUGUCCCCCUGGUUCCAGGAAGGAAAAGAUAGAGGAGGAGCCAUUCUGCUGCUAUAAUUGUGCUCCAUGUCCUCAAGGCAAGAUUUCGUCCCAGAAGGGUAAGAGAGACAGGAUAUAUGUUUUUCAGAAAUAAGUCAUGUUAGAAGUUGAGGGAAAGGAUAAAUAAAUCUGUGGUAACGUGUGCAUUUUUGCAUAUAUUGUUUGAUUGGAAAACUACAUUCCAAAUGUUUAGAGAAGUACACAUUUUUUAAGGGCAGGUUGAGAGGAGUUCCCUACCAGUACAGACUUUGCUUGUGUGCUCAAGACAUCGAUUCCAUAAAACAUAUUUUGUUGCAUUGUGCAAAAUAUGAGCAAGCCAGGGCUGAACUGAUACUACCCUUGCUGGUACCUUUCCGGGAAAAUCAGAUGCUCACUAUGUCAGGUUCCUACUGGAAGACCGGACAAAUGCUAGAACAUUAGCAGUGGCAAAGUUUUUAUUGGUGGUUGCAAGAACAAAUGAUCUCUAUACUUUAAACAAAAUGCUUGUUUAACCUGGAGGUAGGCUGUAUGAAUUGUGUAUUGCUUUGUAAUGAUUUGUUGGGUCUCUGGACCGUAAUAAAGAUUGAUGAUGACAUUUUUAAGGACAUCUGUACUUUGAUUAACGUGUUGUUACAAGGAGUUCAAUUUAGAUAACUUUCCAAUUCAAGUGGCAUAAAAACUAAAUUUCUCCUCCAAACCUAUUGACAGAUAGCCCCCAUAAAGGAUUAUGGACCUAAGAAGAAUCUGUUUGUCACCUAUGAUCUAAUCUUUGUCACAGGUUAAAAUACAGCAGGCAAUUUUGAAUUCAAUGCACCAGUGAUAUGACUUGGUAGGAGACACCUGUCUUAGUUCAGGCAAUAACAAACAAACAUGCGUCUGAUUGAUGCGCGAUCACAUACCCGAGCGGGGUGGAAUGGGGUCAGCAUAGGGGGUGGGGGUGGAAGAGGGCUGGGAAUAAAACCCCUGUGCAAAAUGGUCAUGGACUGUACCUGUUCUGAACAAUAACAAUGUGGUUUAUGUGGAGUUAGCAAGCCAUCACAGGACACUCCACAUAACCCAACACAAAGUGCUGAGGUGAAGUUCUCAUGCAUCAUGUUCAUUCUGGUUAUUCUGGAAAUAUGUGUGAUACCUCUAAUUUAACAUUAUCAUUUCUAUACUCGCACCGUUAGCAGUUGCUCUGCAACACAUCCAAAAUCUGAAUGUAUUAUUUUCUUUCCAGACAUGGUUGACUGUGUUGUGUGCCCAGAAGAUCAUUAUACCAACAUGAAAAAAUCACAAUGCGUUCCAAAGACCAUCAGCUUCCUGUCCUUUAAAGAGCCUCUGGGGAUGAGCUUAGCAUUGUUGGCUCUUUCUCUCUUUCUCUUCACAAUACUAGCCCUUGCCAUCUUCAUUAAACAUCAGGACACACCACUUGUCAGAGCAAACAAUCGGGACCUCACCUACACUCUUCUCACUUUCCUCCUGCUCUGCUUCCUCUGCCCAUUGAUCUUCCUCAGCCCUCCAGAAAGAGUCAGCUGCCUGCUCCGACAAAUGGCUUUUGGCCUUGUUUUCACAGUGACUGUUUCUUGUGUGCUGGCCAAGACUAUCAUGGUGGUUCUGGCCUUUGUGGCCACCAAACCAGGAUCCAGAAUGAGGAAGUGGGUGGGGAAAAGUCUUGGAAGCUCCAUUGUGAUUUCUUGUUCCCUUAUCCAAGUGGUCAUUUGUACUAUAUGGUUAGGAACCUCUCCCCCAUUUCCUGAUUCUGACAUGCACUCUGUGAUGAGGGAAAUCAUUCUAGGCUGCAACGAAGGGUCAGUUGCCCUGUUUUACUGUGUCCUGGGCUACAUGGGUUUUUUGGCCAUUCUCAGCUUUGUUGUAGCAUUUUUAGCCCGGAAACUGCCUGAGAGCUUCAAUGAGGCCAAAUUCAUCACCUUCAGCAUGUUCUUGUUUUGUAGUGUUUGGAUCUCCUUUGUUCCGGUCUACCUGAGCACCAAGGGGAAAUACAUGGCGGCUGUGGAGAUCUUCUCCAUCUUGGCCUCCAGUGCUGGGAUACUGGGCUCCAUCUUUGCUCCCAAAUGCUACAUCAUUGUGUUGAGACCUGAUCUGAACAGCAAGGAGUGCUUAAUAAAGAGGAAAUAAUAAAUUAUCCUUUCAUCCUUAUUUUUUCUCCUUUUCCAAAUUAUGAGCAAUGUAAUCUCUCUGUAUCCACACCAUUAAAUUCUGUUAUAUUUUACAUGUUGCAAUUGUUAUGUGCGAUUUCUUUUAAAACCAAAAUAUGGUCUCUCUGAAACAGGAGCCCCUUAUCUUGUUUUAACCCUAAGCAUUAUUUUGGAAACCAUCAGUACCAUGAAAUAUUGAGACCUGACUAGAAAUUCAGAGGGUAAUUGAUUAGAAACUGAAUAAGAAAAACAAUACACUGAGCGACAUUUUUUUUAAAAGUCUCAUUCCUUUCUAGGUUUUUUUCCUCUCAGUAAGGUUUCAGUAGAGUUGCUACUGUCAUGAUUAUCCAGUCUCAGAGAUUUCAGUAAAGCGAGUCCCACUUACUUGGGGGUUAUGUUCAAGUGGCCCACAUUCAUAAAUGAAGAUUGGAGAAGUGGGGAGCACCAUCUAAAACCCUUUGAAUGUCUUCUCUGCUGCUCUCCCUCCAUUCCGGAUAAGAAAUACUGCACCCAAAGUACCCACAUCUGGAAUUUGGGGGGCUGACGGGGGAUGUGUGGGAAUGUUGCUGCUUCAGCUGCUCUUCUAUGCACAUUAGUUGUCAGCUGAGGGUGGGGACUGAGUUGCAUAAACAACCCCCUGCUGCACCUCCAGUCUCUGCCCUCACAAGCCAUGACAACUCUCCAGCCCUCUCCCUCCAUUUCUGGGUAUUUAUUAAAUUAUUUGGUUGUUUAUCGUGUGCAGUGGGGGAUGCCUGUGGUCAUGGGCAAUAUAUGCUAGACCGCUCCUGGUGUGGGGGUUUUAAACUUAAAAUUCAAUGAAUAACGAUUUUGGUAUUUUUAAUGGGUUUACAGUGGUGCCCCGCAAGAUGAAUGCCUCGCAAGACGAAAAACUCGCUAGACGAAAGGGUUUUGCGUUUUUUGAGUCCUUCCGCAAGACGAAUUUCCCUAUGGGCUUGCUUCGCAAGACGAAACGUCUUGCGAGUUCUUGCGAGUUUGUUUCCUUUUUCUUUAAGCCGCUAAGUUGUUAAUAGCCGCUAAGCCGCUAAGCCGCUAAUAGCCGUGCUUCGCAAGACGAAAAACCCGCAAGACGAAGAGACUCGCGGAACGGAUUAAUUUCGUCUUGCGAGGCACCACUGUAUUGUAAUACGAUGGGCAGAAUGCUUCUGAAUGAAUAUUUUGGAGUAAAAGCAUUUUGAACAGGAGUGAAAUUAAGCUCCAUUUUAUUAGAAAAUAUAAUACCACCAUUCACUACUUUUUUUUUAUUACUUCUAUAUAUAACUCCCUCCAACUAGUAGUGAGGUGCUUUUCUAUCAGGAACACAAAUAGUUGUCCUUUUCACCAUUCCUUCGUCUCGGUAUAAUUGUCAGAAAACUAAUUAACUGGUGUUCAGGUGGGAAAUGUUAGGAGGUCAGAUUAAUCAUUUCCACUGCUCAGCACUGAUAAGAGAUUGGCCCACUGUUUUUCUCUUCCUCAUUGCUGUUAAUUCUGCAUGCCCUUUUCUUGUCCCAUAAACAGUCAGAGAGAACUUUGAAUGAAACAUCAGAAACAGGGUUAUUAUUAUUAUGUUUGGGCAUUUUCUUAUGCUUGUAAUUAUCUCAACGAUAAUUAUCACUCUCAGCAUGGCUAAGUAUUACUUUGAUAAUGUCUCAGUAGAUUUCCAGAGAAUACUAACCAAUGUCGAAACAUGGGUAUUAUAACCUCUUCCUGCCAUUCUUUGCAAGGGAGAGGACAGAGGAAGAGGAAGGAUCUUUACCUUUCUCUUAAUCAAGUUAUAAAAUAGAAUUUUAAUCACCCCCCCCCCCCCCCGCCCCCCCCACCCCGCCCCCCCCCCCCCCCCCCCCCCCCCCCCACCCCCCCCCCCCCCCCCCCCCCCCCCCCCCCCCCCCCGGCCCCACUAGGGGCGCAUCAGAAGAUGGCUGACAAUAACAUCUCUCCGACCCACACGAGGUAAUUUGGAGGCUGUGAUGGGAGUAAAUAGCCUCCCUACCCCCCCCAGGAUUGUGGGGGGGGGACUGCCCUUGCCUGCUGUGCCCUAUACCACCCCCGAAUUUGUGGGGAUGGGGGCACUAGGCACAAUGCCCUCCUGUGGGAUUUCGGCGCUCCUGGACGCCGUCCCUGAUCCUUGCCACUAGCUGCAAGAACUUCAAAAGAAACUAUUUGGAUGAAGGAAUGCACAUAUUUCAAGGAAGGAGGGGGAGUAAAGACUGCUAACAGAAGAGGUCUCUGAUAAAUCAAGACGAGUCGGAGGAACAAGUAUAGAUCAUGAGAAGAUACGCCAAGACUCGGUAUGGCAAAGGGACUGAUGGGGGAGGGGGGGAAACUUUCCUUUCUUUCCUUUAUGUGAUUAAACAAGAACCCCCCCUCCCCCCCACAAAUCAGGAAUGUCGUUUUAAGGACUUAAGCUUUGGAUUUAAGGCUGUGUGCAGAUAAACUUUUGAACCAAAGCAUGUUUUAAGAAGAGCGUGGAAUGUAUAAGGGCUUUGGAAUGAUGCAGUUAAAAAUAUCAUCGCCAUAUUGGGAAGUUCUGUCGGAGGACUUAAGUCUGCGAGGAGAAAUAGAGAAAUAGAGCUGUUUUUAUAUUGUGGGUGAAACUCCUCAGAGGGACUUAAGAACGACAGUUCUGUAAUUAAUGAUGGAAAGAGCGUUGUUAUCUAUGAAGGCGAUGAUAUAUGGAAACCAUCUCGAUUUGAGGAUUGGAAGAACGGAAAAAUUCACACAGGAUUAUUAUUGGUGUUUAUCAGCUUAAGGAGACUAUCAGAAGAGAUCAUAAAGAAAAAAGAGAAAAUAUAUGAACAAGAUGUGAUGUGGAAACAGCAAGAUAAGACUGGAUAGAAUUAUGAACUUUGUUUGGACUGAUUUGGAUAUUAACACAGUAGCAAGAAGAUGAUCAGAAUCCUCCUUCAGAUCUUGAAAUAUUGGUCCCCUCAACAAAAUUUAAAAUUAGGCUUUGUAAUUCGGAAUUUAUGUGAUGUGAUUUGAUUUGAUUUGAUUGGCCGGUUAAUAAAAUUUAUUUUUUUAAAAAAAGGAAAAUGUGACCAAGACAUCUGAGGGCGUGGAUUCUGACGGCACAACUGGAUUUCACAGCACCGCCCUUGCAAAUGAGCCUGGAUAUGCAAAUCUUCCAGGGUUCCCUCUCCUUUGCAGUUCAUUCAAAUGUGGUACAAGGAUUCAAAGCUUUUCUUGAGGCACAAAAUCCUUUUGAGGCAAAUGGAAAUGGCUUUGUCAAGCAGUUCUGGGUACAAGUCUUUCUCUGUUUAUUUUCAAACUCCAGUACAAAGGAGCAGGCCAGUGGAGCCUGCACUGGAGAGGAGAAUCUGGAGAAUCUCCCUUCGUCUGCUUUUGAGAUGACCAUGUCUGGCCACAGCUACAGUCUCUAUACUGCUGUCUAUGCCAUAGCACAUGCUCUACAUGCCAUGUUCCUGCCUGUAGCCAAAUAUAGGAGAAUGGUGGAAGGAGAGAUGCAGGAGUUUUGGCCUUGGCAGGUAAUCCUUGUCAUUUGAUAUCAUUUAUUUGACAUAGGCAGUGAUAUGUAAAACAGUACCCUGAAAAAUUUUAAUCUCCACAUGGUGGAAGGAGAGAUGCAGGAGUUUCAGCCUUGGCAGGUAAUGCGUGUCAUGAGAUAUCAUUUAUUACCCUGAAACAUUUUAAGCUCCACAUUCUCCAGUUGUGUGCGGAGAAGCUGUUCAUUCAGGACCAGCUCAGUGAAGAAUCAGACUGUUCUGCUUACAGCGUUAAGCAGGAGGACCCAAUCCUGCACUCUCCAGUUUUUUUGUGAGCAACUUCCUUUGUGUGCAUGGGUAAACAUGCAGCAAACAGAAGCAUGGAAAUACAGGAUGUAAAACCUUAAAAUAUGCCCUUUCCAAUGAAUUCCAGAAAAUCCCACUUUCCUAGCACAAAAAUAGAUCACAACCUUAGCAGGUCGUAAUGUGGUUUACUUACAAAACUCUUCUAAGUUCAAAAGUUUUAUGGAACACAACACUCAGAAAAAUGUUGCAGAAGUAGAAGACAAAAUGGUAAAAGUUCGUAAACUUUUUACUGGUAUAGAAAUUGAUAGUUUCAGAUUACAUUCUUAUAUGAAAAACAGGCUUCCUAAUUCCAUGUGGCUGUAGGGAGCAGCUCAGAACUCCCCACAAACAAAAUUCACAUAUAGAGUGAGCAGAACAAUAGGCUUUUUUGCCCAUUUCUUCUCCAAAGGUAAGGGGAAGGGACAUAGGCCAAGCCUGUCAGAACACCUUAUUCUACGACAUUAAACCCUUUAUGUCUUUAUUAGACUUAAGCAUGCUGGUUAUAUCAGGCUAGUUGGGCAGUGCGCGCGCGUGUGUUUGUGUGUAGAUAUCCAUUGCUUCAAAGUUACUCUUUUUCUUUCCAUGCAGCUCCACCCCUUUUUUAGGAGUGUCUCCUUUAACAACUCUGCUGGGGAAAGAGUAUCUUUUAGUAUGAACAGAGAAGUAGAAGCUGGCUUUGAUAUUACCAACAUGGUCACUUUCCCAAAUAACUCCUUCAUGCGAGUCAAGGUUGGAAGGGUAGGUGGGGAGACUGCUGCAGACCAACAUUUCAUCCUUGACGACAACGGAAUGGUCUGGCGCAGAAGCUUUCACCAGGUGAGGCAUAAUUCCUACAUUUAUGAGAGAUAGGAAAAGAGAAUGUUAUUCUACUUACAGAUCAUCAGUCCAGCACAUACCUGCCUUUCCAGCCAGAUUCUAAACACUUUUUCUCUACACUGUGUAAGAAUCAUAGAAUCUUGGAGUUGGAAGUCAUGUGGUCCGCGAUGCAGGAAUCACAACGUAAGAUCUUGCUGGCUCAGAUCAAUGCCCAACUAGUGCAGAAUUGGCCAUCCCAGUGUAUUUCAUGAGUCUCUUGGGAAGAAGAAGGGAUUUGCUGUUUGCAGUUGAAAUGCUGUUCGAUGAGAAGGAAGUAGGGGCUGUGGAAGUUUGUGGGUAGCUGUUCUUUGUCACCAAGUGUAGAAUGAGGAAGGGGGCUUAUUAGAUUGGGGAAGAAUUACCUCUCCCCAAGAUGGCUUGCCAGGCACCUCCCUUUGUAUCUUUAGGCACCAGCCGAAAACAUUCCUCUAAUGCAUUUCUUAGACUUAAGGGGGGGGGGUGAAUCACACCCAAGCUACCACACUUUUCAAUUAUACUAGGGUUCCAAAGUGGAGACAGGAUGGCAGAGCUGGGGCUUAUCUUAUCUUGUGGGUUGUAAAUAUCCUGACACACUGACGCACAGAGCUUGCAAGACCCCCCGCACUCGGGGAUGGCACCAGGAGUGCUCUUAGAGUUAGUGACCUUCUUACCCCAAGAUAAGGAAUACAGGAAUAGGAACAUCCUUUUAUGGUCAAGAGUACAGGAACAGGAACAUCUGUUUGUGAUCAUGGAUUUCAACUUACGUGUAUAAGCUGAUGUGGCUGGAUUCCUGGGGAUGUCAACUUAUGUGUAUAAGCUGACGUGGCUGGAUUCCUGGGGAUGUCAACUUAUGUGUAUAAGCUGACGUGGCUGGAUUCCUGGGGAGGGGGCAAGGGGACCAGAAAGGGUAUAUAAGCUGUGUGUAACCGCUCUUUAAGUGCUCUUGCUGUGAACUGACCACGCAAGUGCCUUUCUGCUGCUCCGGAGAGCAGAAAUAAAGAACUCUUUCUCUGAAAAGCAACCUCGGUGUCUUUUGACACUUUCCUCCCUCUCUGGGAGCAACACUCACCCAGCCAAUCGGUAAAGUCUAAUAAGGCUACACCCUGAAAGUUGUUGAACCAUGAAGAGCCAAAUGAGUAGCCUGGCACUGUGUUUUGAAUAAGUAGUUUGGUGUCUUCCUACUGCCAGCUGGAAGAAAAAAGAAACCAAAAGUGCUACUUACUUCUUUGUGCUAAACAGUUUAUCUGUUUCUUUAAAUGAGCAGGGUCCACCCCUUUCGGUAUGUAACCCAAAUUGCCCUCCUGGUUCCAGGAAGGAGAAGGAGGAGGGGGAGCCAUUCUGCUGCUAUGGUUGUGCUCCAUGUCCUCAAGGCAAGAUUUCAUCCGAAAAGGAUAAGAGACACAGGAUAUAUAAUGAUUCAAGGAGUGCAAUUUAGAUAUCUUUCUCAUUCAAGUGGAAUAAAAACCAAAUUUCUCCUCCAUACCUAUUGACAGGUAGCCCCCAUAAAGGAUUAGGGACCCACUCCUAAAAAGAAUCGGUUUGUCACCCAUGAUGUAAUCUUUGUCACAGGUUAAAAUACAGCAGGCAAUUCUGAAUUAAAUGCACCAGUGAUAUGACUUAGUAUGAGACACCCUCCUUAAUUCAGGCAAUAACAAAUAAACAUGCGUCUGAUUGAUAAGUGACCGUGCACCCGAGGAAGUUGGAAUGGGUUCAGCAUAGGGCGUGCUGGUGGAAGGGGCUGAGAAUGGAACCCCUGUGCAAAAUGGUCAUGGACUGUACCUGUUUUGAGCAAUAACAAUGUGUUUCUGUGGAGUUAGCAAGCCAUUACAGGACACCCCACAUAACCAUAGCUGUCAACUUUCACAUUUGAAAAUAAGGGAUCAGCAGCCUCGAAAAUAACGGAUCAGCAGCCUCACCUGUCCCAGGAACAGUCUACGGGGUAACUAACAAUCUGGUAUAGCAGCGGGAAGCAGCGGGAAGCGGUGCUGGAAUAAGGGAAUUUCCCGCGAAAAAAGGGAAGGUUGACAGCCAUGCACAUAACCCAGCACAAAGUUCUGAGGCAUAGCUGACAACUUUUCCCUUUUCUUGCGAGGAAUCCUAUUCGGAAUAAGGGAAUUUCCCUUUAUAAAAGGGAAACGUUGUCAGCUAUGUUCUGAGGUGGGGUUCUCAUGCAUGACUUUCAAUCAGGUUACUCUGGAAAUAUGUGUGAUCCCUCUAAUUUAACAUUAUCAGUUCCAUACUCACACCGUUAGCAGUUGCUCUGCAACAUAUCCAAAAUCUGAAUGUUUUAUUUUCUUUCCAGACAUGGUUGACUGUGUUGCAUGCCCAAAGGACCACUAUCCACACAGAAACCAAUCACAAUGCGUUCCGAAGACCAUCAGCUUCCUGUCGGUUAAAGAGCCUCUGGGGAUGAGCUUAGCAUUGUUGGCUCUUUCUCUCUCUCUCCUCACAGUGGUGGUCCUAGUCAUCUUCAUUAAACAUCAGGACACACCCAUUGUCAGAGCAAACAAUCGGGACCUCACCUACGCUCUCCUCACUUUCCUCCUGCUCUGCUUCCUCUGCCCAUUGAUCUUCCUCAGCCCUCCAGAAAGAGUGAGCUGCCUGCUCCGACAAAUGGCUUUUGGCCUUGUUUUCACAGUGAUCAUUUCUUGUGUGCUGGCCAAGACUAUCACGGUGGUUCUGGCCUUUGUGGCCACCAAACCAGGAUCCAGAAUGAGGAAGUGGGUGGGGGAAAGCCUGGCAAGCUCCAUUGUGUUUUCUUGUUCCCUUAUCCAAGUGGGCAUUUGCACUGUGUGGUUAGGAACUUCUCCCCCAUUCCUUGAUUCUGACAUGCACUCUGUGAUGAGGGAAAUCAUUCUAGGCUGCAACGAAGGGUCAGUCGCCCUGUUUUACUGUGUCCUGGGCUACAUGGGCUUUUUGGCCAUUAUCAGCUUUGUUGUGGCCUUUUUUGCCAGGAAAUUGCCUGAGAGCUUCAAUGAGGCCAAAUUCAUCACCUUCAGCAUGUUCUUGUUUUGUAGUGUUUGGAUCUCGUUUGUUCCGGUCUACCUGAGCACCAAGGGGAAAUACAUGGUGGCUGUGGAGAUCUUCUCCAUCUUGGCCUCCAGUGCUGGUUUACUUGGUUCCAUCUUUGCCCCCAAAUGCUACAUCAUUGUGUUGAGGCCUGAACUGAACAGCAAGGAGCAGUUAAUAAAGAGAAAAUAAUGAAUUAUCUUUUCAUCUUUGUGGGGGUUUUCCUACCAAAAUAUAAGCAAUGUAAUCUCUCUUUAUUCGCACCAUUAAAUUGUGUUAUAUUUUACAUGUUACAAUUGUUAUGUGCAAUUUCUUUUAAAACCAAAAUAUGGUCUCUCUGAAACAGGAGCCCCUUAUCUUGUUUUAACCUUAAGCAUUAUUUGGAAACCAAAAAACUGCCAUCAGUACCAUAAAAUAUUGAGACCUGACUAGAACCUCAGAGGGUAAUUGCUUAGAAACUGAACAGAAAAAAUAAUACAUUGAGAGGCAUUAUUAUUAUUGUUUAAAAGUUUCAUUCCUUUCUAGAUUUUUUCCUCUCAGUAAAGUUUCUGUCGAGUUGCUACUGUCAUGAUUAGUCUCAGAGAUUUCAGUACAGCGAAUCCCACUUACUUGGGGGUUAUGUUCAAGUGCCCCCACACAUAAAUGAAGAUUGGGUAAGUGGGGAGAACUCUCUUAAAACCCUUUGAAUGUCUUCUCUGCUGCUCUCCCUCCAUUCCAGAUAAAAAUUACUGCACCUAAAAUACCCACAUCUGGCAUUUUGGGGGCUGAGUGUGGGAUGUGUGGGGAAAGUUGCUGCUUCUGCUGCUCUUCUAUGCACAUUAGCUGUCAGGUGGGGGGGGGGGCUGAGCAGCGUAAACAACCCCCUGCUGCACCUCCAGUCUCUGCCCUCACAGGCCAUGAGAACUCUCAAGCUCUCUCGAUCCAUUUCCAGGUAUUAAUUAAAUUAUUUGGUUAUUAUUCCUGUAGUCAUGGGCAAUAUGCACUAGACCAUUCCUCGUGGGGAUUUUUAAACUUAAAAUUCAAUGCAUAACAAUUUUGGUUUUUUUAAAUGGGUUUAUUGUUAAUAAAUGGGGCAGAAUGCAUCUGAAUGAAUAUUUUGGAGUAAAAGCAUUUUGAACAUGAGUGAAAUUAAGCUCCAUUUUAUUAGUAAAUAUAAUACCACCACACACUACUUUUUAUUUAUUACUUCUAUAUACUGUCCCACCAACCAGUUGUGAGGUGCUUUUCCUCCAAGGAUGUGGACAGGCUGUUUGGACGAGUGAAACUGACCACCUGUCUCCUUGAUCCCUGCCCGUCUUGGCUUAUAAAAGCUAGGCAGGAAGGGCUGGGUGAUGGGCUUCGUGGGGUGGUGAAUGCUACUCUCUGUGAGGGAGCCUUCCCAGACCCGCUAAAAGAGGCGGUUAUCAAACUGCUUCUUUAAAAACCAUCUUUAGAUGCUGCCAAUAUAGCCAACUAUCGCCCAGUCUCAAAUCUUCCAUUCUUGGGCAAGGUGAUUGAGCGAGUGGUUGCUGAACAACUCCAGGCACGCCUGGAAGAAGCGGACCAUUUGGAUCCCUUCCAGUCGGGAUUCAGGCCUCAUCAUGGGACUGAAACUGCCUAGGGUGCACUGGUCCAUGAUCUCCGACGGGCUAGGGACAAAGGUGAGAGCUGUUUCCUAGUUCUGCUGGAUCUCUCAGUGGCUUUUGACACCAUCGACCAUAACAUCCUUCUGGACCGUCUAGAGGGGCUGGGAGUUGGGGGCACUGUUAUACAGUGGUUCCCUCCUUCCUCCUGGGCCGUGUUCAGAAAGUGGGGGGGGGGAGGUGAGUGUUCAGACCCCUGGGCUUACACUUGUGGGGUGCCUCAGGGUUUUGUUCUCUUCCCUCAUGCGUUGAAGGUGACCUAAAAACUACAACUAAUCUAGAAUGCAGCAGCUAGACUGGUGACUGGGAGCGGCCGCCGAGACCACAUAACACAGUUCUUGAAAGACCUACACUGGCUCCCAGUACGUUUCCGAGCACAAUUCAAAGUGUUGGUGCUGACCUUUAAAGUCCUAAAGGGCAUCCAUCCAAAAUACCUGAAGAAGCGUCUCCACUCCCAUCGUUCUGCCCGGACACUGAGGUCCAGCUCUGCGGGCCUUCUGGCAGUUCCCUCACUGUGAGAAACAAAGCUACAGGGAACCAGGCAGAGAGCCUUCUUGGUAGUGGUACCCGCCCUGUGGAAUGCCCUCCCAUCAGAUGUCAAAGAGAAAAACAACUACCAGACUUUUAGAAGACAUCUGAAGGCAGCCCUGUUUAGGGAAGCUUUAAAUGUUUAAUAGAUUAUUGUAUUUUAAUAUUCUGUUGGAAGCCACACAGAGUGGGUGGGGUAUAAAUAAUAUAUUCUUAUUCUUAUUCUUAUUCUUAUUCUUAUUCUUAUUCUUAUUCUUAUUAUUUCUAUCAGGAACACAAAUAGUUGUCAUAGAAUCAUAGAAUCAUAGAGUUGGAAGAGACCACAAGGGCCAUCGAGUCCAACCCCCUGCCAAGCAGGAAACACCAUCAGAGCACUCCUGACAUAUGGUUGUCAAGCCUCUGCUUAAAGACCUCCAAAGAAGGAGACUCCACCACACUCCUUGGCAGCAAAUUCCACUGUCGAACAGCUCUUACUGUCAGGAAGUUCUUCCUAAUGUUUAGGUGGAAUCUUCUUUCUUGUAGUUUGGAUCCAUUGCUCCGUGUCCGCUUCUCUGGAGCAGCAGAAAACAACCUUUCUCCCUCCUCUAUGUGACAUCCUUUUAUAUAUUUGAACAUGGCUAUCAUAUCACCCCUUAACCUCCUCUUCUCCAGGCUAAACAUGCCCAGCUCUCUUAGCCGUUCCUCAUAAGGCAUCGUUUCCAGGCCUUUGACCAUUUUGGUUGCCCUCCUCUGGACACGUUCCAGUUUGUCAAUGUCCUUCUUGAACUGUGGUGCCCAGAACUGGACACAGUACUCCAGGUGAGGUCUGACCAGAGCAGAAUACAGUGGCACUAUUACUUCCCUUGAUCUAGAUGCUAUACUCCUAUUGAUGCAGCCCAGAAUUGCAUUGGCUUUUUAGCUGCCGCGUCACACUGUUGGCUCAUGUCAAGUUUGUGGUCAACCAAGACUCCUAGAUCCUUUUCACAUGUACUGCUCUCAAGCCAGGUGUCCCCAUCUUGUAUUUGUGCCUCUCAUUUUUUUGCCCAAGUGCAAUACUUUACAUUUCUCCCUGUUAAAAUUCAUCUUGUUUGUUUUGGCCCAGUUCUCUAAUCUGUCAAGGUCGUUUUGAAGUGUGAUCCUGUCCUCUGGGGUGUUAGCCACCCCUCCCAAUUUGGUGUCAUCUGCAAAUUUGAUCAGGAUGCCCUUGAGUCCAUCAUCCAAGUCGUUGAUAAAGAUGUUGAAUAAGACCGGGCCCAAGACAGAACCCUGUGGCACCCCACUAGUCACUCUUCUCCAGGAUGAAGAGGAACCAUUGAUGAGCACCCUUUGGGUUCGGUCAGUCAGCCAGUUACAAAUCCACUGAGUGGUAGCAUAGUCAAGACCACAUUUUACCAGCUUCUUUACAAGAAUAUCAUGAGGCACCUUGUCAAAUGCCUUGCUGAAAUCAAGGUAGGCUACAUCCACUGCGUUCCCUUCAUCUACCAGGCUUGUAAUUCUGUCAAAAACGAGAUCAGGUUAGUCUGACAUGACUUAUUUUUCAGAAAUCCAUGCUGACUAUUGGUGAUCACAGCAUUCCUUUCUAGGUGCUCACAGACUGUUUGCUUAAUGAUCUGCUCCAGAAUCUUCCCUGGUAUUGAUGUCAGACUGUUGUCCUUUUCACCAUUCUUUCGUCUCGGUAUAAUUGUCAGAAAACUAAUGAAGUGGUGCUCAGGUGGGAAACUUUAGGAGUUCAGAUUAAUCAUUUUCACUGGUCAACAUUGGUAGGAGACUGGCCCACUGAAUUUCUCAUUGCUGUUAGAUGGAGGAUGAAUGACUCCUUAUUUAGGAAUGAGGAAAUUAUUAAAAAGGCCCAGAAGAAUUUGAGAGACUAUUUUGAGAUAAAUUUGAAUACAACGACAGAAAAAAGAGUGAUUUGGGAUGCCAGCAAAGCGGUGAUGAGAGGAUUUUUGAUAGAACAAAACGCAAUUAGGAAAAGAUAUCAAAACGAGAAGAGAGAAAAAAUUUUGGAAAAAAUUAAGGAUGGAGAAAAAAGAUUGAGGGCGAAACCGAACUCACAGGAGAUUCUAAAAGAGAUAAAGCUAUACCAAGUACAAUAUAUGAAACUGAUGAACCAGGAGAUAGAAUGGAAGGUCAAACAGAUGAAACAAAAGACCUUUGAAUCGGCAAAUAAAUGUGGGAAAUUACUGGCCUGGCAAAUGAAAAAAAAGACAAAAGCUGAAUACGAUUACGAACUUGGUAGUAGAAGGGAAGAACAUACAGAAUCCUGGAGAGAUUCGGAAGUGCUUUCAGAAUUAUUUUAAACAGUUAUAUACGCAGGAGACUCAGAAAGAAUUAGACAUUGAUCGGUUUUUGAAAAAUAAUGGAUUACAAAAAGUAUCUCAAGAGAGUAAAUCAAUAUUAAACUCUACGAUAUCUGAUCAAGAGGUGGAAGGAGCCAUUCAGAAUAUGAAAUUGGGCAAAUCUCCAGGACCGGAUGGACUAACUGCAAAGUACUACAAAUCUUUGAAAGAAUGGUUACUGCAACCGUUGAAAGAUCUUUGCAAUGAAAUACUAUGGGGAGGAAAAGCACCCGAGUCGUGGAAAGAAGCAUACAUUACACUUAUACCAAAAACCGAAGGGGAGAAGACACAGCUGAAGAACUACCGUCCCAUAUCCCUACUUAAUGUGGAUUACAAAAUUUUUGCGGAAAUUAUGGCUAAAAGAUUAAAAAAUGUAUUGGUAAAAGAGAUUCAUAAAGAUCAGGCGGGCUUUCUCCCUGGGAGACAUCUGUCAGAUAAUACUAGGAAUGUUAUUAAUAUUUUAGAAAAACUGCAAGUUAAUAUCAAUACCAAAGCUGUUUUAAUAUUUGUAGAUGCAGAGAAAGCGUUUGACAAUAUUUCUUGGAGUUUUAUGAAGAAAAAUUUGCAGGGGAUGGGGGUAGGCCAAAGUUUUGAAAAUGGUAUAGGUGCAAUUUACUCGGAACAAAAAGCUAAGCUUAUUGUGAACAAUGUAGUUACAGAAGAAUUUAAGAUAGAGAAAGGAACAAGACAGGGUUGCCCAAUCUCCCCAUUGCUUUUUAUAUCGGUCCUGGAGGUUUUGCUCAAUAUGAUUAGAAAAGACCAAUUGGUUAAAGGUAUACAACUCGGAGCUAAACAGUACAAAUUGAAAGCUUUUGCUGAUGAUUUAGUUUUGACAUUACAGGAGCCAGAAGCCAGCACAAAAAGAGUAUUACAAUUAAUCCAAGAAUUUGGUCAAGUAGCAGGUUUUAAAUUAAACAAGACGAAAACUAAGGUAUUAGAGAAAACCUUACAGAGAUUGAGAAAGAGAGGUUUCAGAAAGAGACAGGAUUAACAAUAGUUAACAAAGUGAAAUAUCUAGGGGUGAAUAUGACUGCUAAAAAUGUGAAUUUGUUUAAAGAUAAUUAUGAAAAAUGUUGGUCAGAAGUGAAGAAGGAUUUAGAAACAUGGUCAAAAUUGAAGUUAUCAUUGUUGGGCCGAAUUGCUGCGAUAAAGAUGAAUGUAUUGCCUAGAAUGUUAUUUUUGUUUCAAACAUUGUGGAUAAAAUGGACUGUUUCAAGAGGUGGCAAAGAGAUAUUUCUAAAUUUAUCUGGCAGGGCAAAAAGCCUAGAAUAAAAUUUAAGAUAUUAACAGAUGCGAAGGAAAGAGGGGGAUUUGCCCUGCCAGAUCUUAAACUUUACUAUGAAUCAGCCGCAUUUUGCUGGCUGAAAGAUUGGCUACUUCUUGAAAACGUGGACAUUUUGGAUCUAGAAGGUUUUGAUAAUGUGUUUGGAUGGCAUGCAUAUUUAUGGUAUGAUAAAGUUAAAGCGCAUAAGGCUUUUAAGAAUCAUAUUGUCAGGAAAGCAUUGUUUAAUGUUUGGGUGAGAUAUAAGGAUUUGUUGGAAAGUAAAACACCAAGGUGGCUGUCACCAAUGGAGGCAAAGGCAUUGAAAAAAACUAAUAUGGAGACAAAUUGGCCAAAAUAUUGUGAAAUUUUAGAACAAGUCGGAGACAAACUAAAACUGCAGAGUUUUGACAAAUUAAAAACUAAAGUCCGAGAUUGGCUUCAUUAUUACCAAAUAAGGGAGGUUUUUAACCUAGAUAAAAAGAUUGGUUUUCAGGAGGAAAAAUCCAAACUGGAAACGGAAUUGUUAGAGCCUAAAACUAAAAAUUUGUCAAGAAUGUAUAACCUGCUGUUGAAAUGGAAUACACAGGAUGAAAUGGUUAAGUCCGCUAUGAUUAAAUGGGCACAAGAUGUUGGGCAUAAUAUUAUGUUUGCUGACUGGGAACGGUUAUGGACCACAGGUAUGAAGUUUACGGCUUGCAAUGCCUUAAGAGAAAAUAUAAUGAAAAUGAUUUAUAGGUGGUACUUAACCCCAGUCAAGCUAGCCAAAAUUUAUCAUUUGCCCGAUAAUAAAUGUUGGAAAGGUAAAGAAAAUGAAGGUACCUUUUUCCACCUUUGGUGGACGUGCCCAAAGAUCAAGGCCUUCUGGGAAAUGAUAUAUAAUGAAUUAAAAAAGGUAUUGAAAUACACUUUUGUGAAGAAACCAGAGGCCUUCCUCCUGGGCAUGGUCGGCCAAUUGGUGCGAAGGGAAGAUAGGAAUUUCUUUAUGUAUGCGACAGCAGCGGCAAGAAUAGUCAUUGGGAAAUAUUGGAAGACACAAGAAUUGCCUACCCGAGAAGAAUGGCAGAUGAAAGUGAUGGACUAUAUGGAACUGGCUGAGAUGACCGGCAGAAUCCGAGAUCAGGAAGAAGGGUUGAUGGAAGAAGACUGGAGAAAAUUUAAAAUAUAUCUUCAGAAACACUGUAAUAUAAAAGAAUGUUAGAAAAAGGUUGGAAAAGAAUAUUAGGCCGUAUUGGCAGACAUGGUACAAUGGAAUAAGUAAAUAUGAAGUGUAAAAUGAGGAUUGAGGAGAUUUAAAUACUUUCGAAUGUUAAAAUAAGUAAAAGAAAAGAAGGUUAGAAGGAUUUGCUGGAGAUACGAUUUAAACUAGAAUACAAAGCAGGGAGGUGAGAGGAAGUCAUGGAAAUAAGUAAAAGGGAAAAAGGUUGUAAAGGUCUAAAUUUGAUUUUUGUUAUUUUUUACUGUGAUUCUUUGUUUUUUCUUAUUUCUUUUUUAUUGUCUGUUUUUUGUAAGAUGUGUGUGGUUUGUUUUUUAUAUAUUUUUUGUAACUUUAAAACUGGAAUAAAUAUUCUUAAAAAAAAAAAAAGAAUUUCUCAUGGCUGUUAAUUCUGCAUGGCCUUUUGUUGUCCCAUAAACAGUCAGAAAGAACUUUGAAUGAAACAUCAGAAACAGGGUUGUUAUUAUUAUGUUUGAACAUUUUCUGAUGUUCCUGAUGUAAAGAGAGCUUGUUAUUAUCUCACCUAUAAUUAUCACUCUCAGCGUGGCUAAGUCUCCCUUGGAUAAUGUCUCAAUAGAUUUCCAGAGAAUACUAACCAAUAUCAAAACAUGGGUAUUGUAACCUCUUCCUGGCAUUCUAAGCAAGCGAGAGGACAGAGAAAGAGGAAGGAUUUUCACCUUUCUCUUAAUCAAGUUAUAAAAUAGGAUUUUAAUCUGUGAAUUUUUAGAGAAGUGUCUUUGGUGACAAGGCAGAAUAUUGUACUGAGCUUGGUUGUGAAGCAAGGUUCAUGUGCUGGAUGGAAAUAAGGCUGUUUGAUGGGAAAGAAUAGGUGCUUCAAUAUGCUGCUGUUUAUUGUGCCCCUUCUCUUUCAUCUGCCACAUUUGCAGGUCAAACAUACCAUGAGUUGCACCAUCCAUGAUCUGUCCAGAAUUCCACAUGAAUACUACCAACCUGGUCAUCUUAUUGUUGGCGGACUUGCUUCUCACCUCUUUGCUGUUUUUGACAAAGAAGACUUCAAAGAAAGGCUAACUAUCCAUCAGCGCCUUAAUACCGAGUAAAGACAUCAAAUGUCAAAUAAUCAGAUGAUACUGAAAUAUCCCCCAGCUCUAACCAGGCCUCCUCAGAAGCUAGUUCCCCUGAUUUCAGUGGGAUUUACUUCCACUGAAGGGAAAUGCAGAUCUGAAUGUGUCAGUGAGAUGAGAGAGCCUGGUCUUGUUGAUGUGUUCUCUCUUCCCCACAUCCCACCAAAUGUCUUCCAAGGAGUUUAACAAGAGGAGGACUCAAAGAUUAAACCUUCGCUAGUUUAAGAUGGAAAGCCCUUCUCUCUUCUUAAUCUUCACCACAGAAACUCUCGUUUGAAGUGUCUUACACAAGGCUCACCCCUCCUUUGAGGUGAUGCUCAAAUAACCCCUGAUGUUCUCAUCCACGUCAGGCUAGACGAUUGUCUUUAACAGUUAUAGACAGGGCAUGGAUUAGAUACAUUCUGACUAUAUUGAGCUGAAGGUAGUGAUCUGUGAAUAAAUGUCAGUUAACUGUCAUUUGGGAGUCGUUAUGAGGGAGGUUUGAGUUCCAAUUGAGUGGUAAAGAUCAGAUUUUCCUGCAGAAAAAUGACACGAGUGGGGAAGUCUGAAUGAGUCCUACAUUAAGCUGAAAUUCUGCUCUUUUAGUUGAAAUUGUUCUGCAAGUAUGUGUAAUUUAGGACAAAAUUAUCAAGAGCCCCCUGAACAACAUGCAUAGUAUAUCUCUCAAUGAUACAGCAUAAAAUUCUUGUUGCAGUAUUGUGCCAAAGAACUACCAGCAUAUUCUGGCCUUGGUAUUUGCUGUCCAGGAGAUCAAUGAGAACCCUAAGAUCUUGCCUAAUAUUACACUGGGAUUCCACAUCUAUGACAGUUACUUCGAUGAAAGGAUGACCUACUGGGCUGCUCUGAACCUUCCCUCCACACUUAGUCCCAACUACAAGUGCAACAACCAGAAACACCUGGCGGCAGUUAUUGGGGGACUGGACUUGGAUAUCUCCGUCUACCUGGCAAACAUCUUGGGCAUCUACAAGAUUCCCCAGGUAAGAUGCUGCGUAGGGGAUUUCAAGAAAGGAUUUGUAUAAUAGAGAAAUAGUUGUGAGAGAUGAAGGAGAGUGAUCCUGCCCUUCACAAGGUAAGGUGAUGAUAGAAGAGUUCUCAUCUCACCCCACUUCCUUGUCCAUACACACCUAAACAUGUAUCCCAAUUCCAUUCUGCCAAAUGACAACCUCUCACGUUUGCUCCAUGGCCUACUGGUUGGAGACUGAAGCUGCUCUCUUGCAAAGCUGGAAGCCUGUCUAUCAGGAGUCAGCUGCACACACAUUGUGGCACUUGAUGGGGGUUCUGUGUGUUAGUAGUUUGAGAGAGGAAGGGAAGGGAAGGGAAGGGAAGGGAAGGGAAGGGAAGGGAAGGGAAGACGCCAUGAAAUCAGCAGCUGAAAUGCUGCGGUGAAGCAAAGUGGAAAAUACAGGGGAGAGGAAAGCAGCAGAUUAGGAAGGCAUAGAGGAAAAAGUGGAGAAAGAAAAGGCAGAGGUUGGAGAGGAAAGCAGGAGUGCAGAAAACUGGGCAUGGAGGAAUGGCAGAAAAGGAGGUGGAAGCUGAGAAACACAGGGUGCAAUCUGCCACUCCUCCCAGCUUUGUGGAACCUGCCUUCUUAAGGCAACUGGCUCAUUUUGCUUCCUGGGUGGGCAGGUCCUGGGUGCACAUACCCAGUCCUUCUGCAAUUAUAGAUGAUGCUCCUUUAUUUCCUUUUAGCUCACUUAUGGCUCCUUUUCUCCAGAGGAUGGUGGUCAAAGCCAAUCCACUUCCUUCUACAAAAUGGUGCCCAAUGAAGCUCAUCAGUACACUGGGAUUGUUGAGUUACUUCUGCACUUUGGUUGGACGUGGGUUGGAUUGCUUGCUAGAGAAAGUGAAGGUGGAGAGAGAUUUAUUCAGACCCUGAAACCUCUUCUCUCCCAGAAAGGCAUUUGCUUGGCCUUCUCAGAGACAACCCUGAACAUGGCAUAUUUGGCUGAGUAUUAUGACAUGUUUCCCCUCUGGAUCCAAAUUUAUCAAGCUAUUAUGGAAAGUAAAGCCAUGGUUGUGGUUGUCUAUGGAGGAACAAAGUCCAUAUUUGCCUUGCAGACAAUGAUAGCACUAGGUGAAAUGGAAAAUGUGACUAAGACAUCUGAUGGCAAAGUGUGGAUUUUGACGGCACAACUGGAUUUCACAGCACCGCCCUUGCGAAUGAGCCCGGAUAUGCAAACCUCCCAGGGUUCCCUCUCCUUUUCAGUUCAUUCAAAUGUGGUACAAGGAUUCAAAGCCUUUCUUCAGGCACAGAAUCCUUUUGAGGCAAAUGGAAAUGGCUUUGUCAAGCAGUUCUGGGCACAGGUAUUUCUCUGUUUAUUUCCAAACUCCAAUACAGAGGAGCAGGCCAGUGGAACCUGCACUGGAGAGGAGAAGCUGGAGAAUCUCCCUUCGUCUACUUUUGAGAUGACCAUGUCUGGCCACAGCUACAGUCUCUAUACUGCUGUCUAUGCCAUAGCACAUGCUCUACAUGUCAUGUUCCUGCCUGUAGCCAAAUAUAGGAGAAUGGUGGAAAGAGAGAUGCAGGAGUUUCAGCCUUGGCAGGUAAUGCGUGUCAUGAGAUAUCAUUUAUUACCCUGAAACAUUUUAAGCUCCACAUUCUCCAGUUGUGUGCAGAGAAGCUGUUCAUUCAGGACCAGCUCAGUGAAGAAUCAGACUGUUCUGCUUACAGCUGUUUAGCAGGCAGAUCCAAUCCUGCACUCUCCAGUUUUUUUGUCAGCAACUUCCUUUGUGUGCAUGGGAAAACAUGCAGCAAACAGAAGCAUGGAAAUACAGGAUGUAAAACCUUAAAAUAUGCCCUUUCCAGUGAAUUCCAGAAGAUGCCACUUCCCUAGCACAAAAAUAGAUCACAAGCUUAGCAGGUCGUAACAUGGCUUGCUUACAAAACUCUUUAAAGUUCAACAGUUUUUCGGAACACAACACUCAUAAAAAUGUUGCAGAAGUAGAAGACAAAAUGGUAAAAGUUCCUAAUCUUUCUAUUGGUAUAGAAAAUGGUAGUUUCAGAUUACAUUCUUGUCUGAAAUAAACAGGCUUCUUAAUUCCAUGUGGCUGUAGGGAGCAGUUCAGAACUCCCCACGCACAAAAUUCACAUAUAGAGUGAGCAGAACAAUAGGCUUUGUUGCCCAUUUCUUCCCAAGAUAAGGGGCUGGGACAUAGGCCAAGGCUGUCAGAACACCUUUUUCUAAUGACAUUAAGCCCUUUAUGUAUUUGUUAGACACAAGAAUGAAGGUUAUAUGAGGCUAGUUAGGCAGUGUGUGUGUGUGUGUGUGUGUGUGUGUGUGUGUGUGUGUGUGUAGAUAUCCAAGCAUGGUCAGUCAUGCAUUGGGAUUUUCCCCAUAGGAAACAAUGGAGAUCAUUGGCUCAGUAUGUGAAUGCUCGCCCUACAAACCAUUUCUCAGAAAACAGAUUAUAUUUGCAUGGCACUACCUCCCUGUGUUGACAGUCUGUAGGCAUCCUGAAUGUGAAAAAGGAGAGACAUUUGCAUUACUUCAAAGUUACUCUUUUUCUUUCAAUGCAGCUCCAUCCCUUCCUUAGGAGUGUCUCCUUUAACAACUCUGCUGGGGAAACAGUAUCUUUUAGUAAGAACAGGGAAGUAGAAGCUGGCUUUGAUAUCACCAACCUGGUCACUUUUCCAAAUAACUCCUUCAUGAAGGUGAAGGUUGGAAGGGUUGGUGUGGAGGCUACACCUGACCAGCCAUUCACCCUUGAUGACAACAGAAUGGUGUGGCACAGAAGCUUUCACCAGGUGAGGCAUAAUUCCCACAUCUAUGAGAGAUGGGUAAAGAGAAUGUUAUUCUACUUACAGAUCAUCAGUCCAGCACAUACCUGCCUUUCCAGCCAGAUUCUAAACAUUUUUUUCUCUGCACUGUGUAAGAAUACAGUGGUACCUCAGGUUAAGUACUUAAUUCGUUCUGGAGAUCCGUUCUGAACCUGAAACUGUUCUUAACCUGAAGCACCACUUUAGCCAAUGGGGCCUCUUGCUGCUGCCACGCCGCAAGAGCAUGAUUUCUGUUCUCAUCCUGAAGCAAAGUUCUUAACCUGAAGCACUAUUUCUGGGUUAGUGGAGUCUGUAACCUGAAGCGUAUGUAACCUGAAGCGUAUGUAACCCAAGGUACCACUGUAAUAGAAUCUUAGAGUUGCAAAUCAUGUGGUCCACGAUGCAGGAAUCACAACAUAAGAUCUUGCUGGCUCAGAUCAACGCCCAACCACUGUAGGAUGUCACCAUUUGCCAAUCUUGUCCAGCAUCUGGAUAUGGCAUGUGGCUUUUGACUUGGGGUUCUUUUCAUCCAAGUGCUUUUCAUGAGUCUCUUGGGAAGAAGAAGGGGUUUGCUGCUUGUAGUUGAAAUGCUGGUGUUUGAGAAGGAAGUAAAAUCCCACAUUUUUUUCUUUUACUUGCCAAAGAUCCAGAACAAACCUCCACUCUCCAGAACUUUCCCCAGGACGCCGCUUCCGCCUUUGUUUUUUUUUUUAAUAAUUUUUUAUUAAGGUUUUAAACAAAGAAAAAAGAAAAACAACACACACAAAAAACAAUACAAAACUUAACAAUAAAAACAAAACAUAACAAUUAAAAACAAACUCUCUUUUCCAUAUCCAAUUUUAGAUUACUUAUUUUCUGGACUUCCUCAUACCUCCUUUUUUUGUAUUCCAAUCCACAUUAUUUGUCCAGCAGUUUCUUUUCCACUUUUUUAAUCCCAAUCUUUAAUUUAAUAAAAUGUUAAAAUAUAUAACUUCAACUUUUUUUUAACCUAAUCCUUGCUCUUAAUGUCAUAUAGCUUUAAAUUUUUCCCUUUUAUUAUCAAAUUUCCAUUUCUUUAAACAUCUUUAAUCUUAAUCUUUAAUCUUAAUCUAUCCUUAACUUUAACCUGUACAGCUGGAAACCACUUAUUUUCAAUCCUACAUCACUCUAACAUUCCUUAAUUUUGCAGUGUUUCUGAAGAUAGUCUUUGAAUUUCUUCCAGUCUUCCUCCAUCAACUCUUCUCCUUGGUCACGGAUUCUGCCAGUCAUUUCCGCCAAUUCCAUAUAGUCCAUAAAUUUCAUCUGCCAUUCCUCCAGCGUGGGAAGUUCUUGUGUCUUCCAAUACUUUGCGAUGAGUAUUCUUGCUGCUGUUGUUGCAUACAUAAAGAAAGUUCUAUCCUUUUUUAACACCAUUUGGCCCACUAUGCCCAGGAGAAAGGCCUCUGGUUUCUUAGGGAAGGUAUACUUAAAUACCUUUUUAAUUCAUUAUAUAUCAUUUCCCAGAAAGCCUUAAUCUUUGGGCACGUCCACCAAAGGUGGAAAAUGUACCUUCAGUUUCUUUACAUUUCCAACAUUUGUUAUCGGGCAAAUGAUAGAUUUUCGCAAGCUUGACUGGGGUUAUGUACCACCUGUAUAUCAUUUUCAUAAUAUUCUCUCUUAAGGCAUUACAUGCCGUAAAUUUCAUACCUGUGGUCCAUAACUGUUCCCAGUCAGCAAACAUAAUGUUAUGUCCAACGUCCUGUGCCCAUUUAAUCAUAGCCGAUUUUACCGUUUCAUCCUGAGUAUUCCAUUUCAGCAGCAAGUUAUACAUUCUUGACAAAUUCUUAGUUUUGGGUUCUAACAAUUCUGUUUCUAAUUUGGAUCUUUCCACCUGGAAACCAAUUUUCCUGUCCAAUCUAAAUGCCUCCAUUAUCUGAUAAUAAUGAAGCCAGUCUCGCACUUUGUUUUUUAGUUUUUCAAAACUCUGCAAUUUCAAUCUAUCUCCGUCUUGUUCCAAAAUUUCCGCCUUUGAAAUCCCGGACACAUGGCAGCCCUAAUUUUACUGAGACACCUAAGACCAUUAUUCAUGUUCUUUUAAAAUAAUCAUAAUUAUAACAAGUGUGCUUAUGCUAGUCACUUGUAUCCUAAGGAAAAAGGAACUGUAGGCAAGGGUGGAGGAGUCUACAAUUUUAUGGAAACUGGCUAAAUUUAUACCUCUCAGACUAGUACACAUAUAGGAACAUCAUUGCUUAUCUUUCAGGUUUCACAUUUCUGUCGAUCUUGUGGUAUAGUCUCAGCUCAAAAAAAGGACCAAAAUGGUUUGAAAAAUACACCUGGUAGCAUAAAAUACACUUGAAAAUGCAUCUGUUAAGAUAAAAUGCAUGGCAGGGAGUGUGAAGGGGGCUUCUAAGAACAUUUGGUUGAACCCCUUUCUGAAGACUCAUAUCUGGGGACCGAGAUAAGAACAGAAAAUUCCAAAUCACAGGGAGGCUUCUCAGUGUGUUCAGCCUGUCAGAGCUUUCUGCUUAGUAUGCAAAGAUCAUUGGUGGAACAGCUAUGGGAACAAUAUGGGCAGAGCUGGUGAGACCACACUCCACAAGGUCUCCACAUUUCUAGAUCAUUUUCGGCACUACGCUUCUGUCAUCUUCACAAAGCAUGAUUGCUGCAAUUGGAAAAUUGGAGGAGUAAAAGGUAUUACUUUAUAUAUGGGGAGAAAAGGGGGCAGGGCUGGCAAAGAUGAAGCCCCAAUCCCCUUCCCUAUUUCAGCUGUCAUGCAUUCUUUCUGAAUGCCAGAAAGGGGCUCAAACAUGGUCAGUUUCCACAUUAUUUAUGUUUAUUUUAAAAAACAACAACAUGAAGAGCCAAAUGAAUAACCUGGCACUGUGUUUUGAAUAAGUAGUUUGGUGUCUUCCUACUGCCAGCUGGAAGAAAAAAGAAACCAAAAGCGCUACUUACUUCUGUGUGCUAAACGGUUAAUCUGUUUAUUUAAAUGGGCAGGUGCCACCCUUUCUGUGUGUAACCCAAGUUGUCCUCCUGGUUCCAGGAAGGAGAAGAAGGAGGGGGAGCCAUUCUGCUGCUAUGGUUGUGCUCCAUGUCCUCAAGGCAAGAUUUCAUCCGAAAAGGGUAAGAGACACAGGAUAUAUAACAUUGGGUAACAAUUUUUUACUUUUUGAAUGUUGUCUAGAUUUCUACAACUGAUUUAGCGUAUUUUGGCACUGCUGUAUCAGGAAAUGGCAUCCAUUUCUCUCCAUCAGGUCAGGUUUACUGUAAACUGAAUGGUGGGCAUUGAUAAAGGUAAGUACACGUAAAUUGCAUGUUGCUUCACCAUUUUUCAAACUUCAGGGCUUGAACUUCUGUUUCUUGGAACUCCUGGAAUGCUCAGCAGCAGGGAGGUCUCUCUUCAGAGUCCAACAGUAGUCAGCCAUCAUGACUGCGUCCCAGCGACCCUGAUACCUGGUCUCCAUCUCUUUCAUGUCCUGAUGGAAUCUCUCCCCCUGCUUGUCAUUCAUUGAACCCAGGUUCUCAGGAAACCGGUCCAUAUGUGAAAAUGGGUAGUGCAUCUUGACGCUCAUGUUGCAGCCCAGGUUUCUGAUAGCAGUCAGCAUGUUGCUGACAAGUUCUGCGUAGUUUCUGGCCUUAUUGUUGCCAAGAAAGUUCUUCACUACCAGAACAAAUGCCCUCCACGCUUCCAGUUCCACUUCGUUCAUUGACUUUCUGAACUCUGGAUCUCUGAUGAGCUGACGGAUCUGAGGACCGUCAAAGAUGCCAGCUUUCAACUUCUCCAUGGUCAAUCCUGGAAAAGCCUGGCACAAGUAAGUGAAGCAGUCACCAUCCUUGUCCAGAGCCUUGGUGAACUGCUUGAUUAAGCCGAGCUUGAUGUGCAGCGGUGGGAAGAGUAUUCUGUCUCUCUCCACCAAAGGGUCGUUGAUGACAUUCCUUUCUUUGCAAGGCACCAAUUCCUUCCGCACAGGCCAGUCCUUCGUGUAAUGCUGAGCACGGUCGCUACUAUCCCACAUGCACAGAAAACAUGGGUACUUGGUGAAGCCAGACUGUUGCCCCAACAAAAAGUUCACCAUCUUCAGGUCAACACAAAUAAACCACUUAUGCUGAUCAUAACCAAUUUUCUCCACCACAUACUUCACCGCUUCAUAGUUCUCCUUCAGUGUACUCGAGUGAGCCAGGGGUAUAGAGGCAAACUGAUUGCCGUUGUGUAGCAGAACACAUUUCAGUGAUUGCUUGCUGCUGUCAAUGAACAGUCUCCAAUCUUUGGGUUCGUACUGUGGCACUCCAAGCUUGAGCAGAAGCUGCCCAAUAUCUGCACAGUACACCAAGUCCUUCUCUUCCGAGAUAAAACGGAGGUACUCUUGAUGCCUGUUGCGGAGGAAGCUGAUGCGAGCACUGUCAGAGAGGAGGUUUUUUCCCUUCAAUCUGGAUGCCAACAGUUCGGCAGAGUCCUUUGACAAGCUGAGGUCAUGAACUAGAUCAUUCAACUCCUUUUGGGAAAAUGGAUGUGAAAAUGAAAAAUAUCUGCACAGUACACCAAGUCCUUCUCUUCCGAGAUAAAACGGAGGUACUCUUGAUGCCUGUUGCGGAGGAAGCUGAUGCGAGCACUGUCAGAGAGGAGGUUUUUUCCCUUCAGUCUGGAUGCCAACAGUUUGGCAGAGUCCUUUGACAAGCUGAGGUCGUGAACUAGGUCAUUCAACUCCUUUUGGGAAAAUGGAUGUGGAAGAACCACUUCUUCUUCAUGUCCUUCAACACUGGAGGCAUCUUCAUCACCAAUGUCAGGAAGUUCUCUGAAGAUAGGCACUGGAAUUUCAUCACAAUGAGCUACAGGACGACGUGCUGCUUGAAAAUCAGGAUACUUGAGGCUGCUCUGGUUCUUUCUGUUGAUCCCACCAAUUUAUGGAGCCACACCAAUUUAUGGAAGAUUUCGAGGUUUUAUGACUUCAAAUUGAUCCCUUUUCAACAUAAUGACCCAGAACUAUCGGACCUGAAUACUUCUUGUCAUUAAAAUAAUCAUUUCCAAUCAAAAGAAUUAUUCGACAUGGCAUUUUACCCCCACCAACUUCUUCUAAAAUGCUCCACACAAGCGUACAUGUGAACAAAAACAUUAAAAAAUGACAUGUUGCCAUAGCUCAAAAACCUGACCUGAUUGAGCAAAACCAAUGUGAUUUUUGGAUUCAGCGCAUCACAUUCAUCCUAAAUCAACUGAAAAAACGCAGACAACAAAUUUGUUGUUGACCAGUGUAAUGAUUCAAGGAGUGAGAUUUAGAUAUCUUUCUCAUUCAAGUGGAAUAAAAACCAAAUUUCUCCUCCAAACCUGUUGGCAGAUAGACCCCAUAAAGGAUUAGGGACCCACUCCUAAAAAGAAUUGGUUUGUCAUCAUCAUGUAAUCUUUGUCACAGGUUAAAAUACAGGAAGCAAUUUUGAAAUAAAUGCACCAGUGAUAUGACUUGGUAGGAGACACCUGUCUUGGUUCAGGCAAUAGCAAAUAAUCAUGCGAAUGAUUGAUGCGCGAUCGCACACCAGGGUGGGGUGGAAUGGGGUCAGCAGAGGGUGUGGGGGUGGAACAGGGCUGGGAAUGGAACCCCUGUGCAAAAAGGUCAUGGACUGUACCAGUUCUGAACAAUAAAAAGCGGUUUAUGUGGAGUUAGCAAGCCAUCACAGCACACCCCACAUAACCCAACAAAAGUUCUGAGGCAUAGCUGUCAAUUUUUCCCUUUUCUUGCGAGGAAUCCUAUUUGGAAUAAGGGAAUUUCCCUUUAAAAAAGGGAAACGUUGACAACUAUGUUCUGAGGUGGGAUUCUGAUGUAUCACUUUCAAUCUGGUUACCCUGGAAAUAACUGUAAUAACUCUCAUUUAACAUUAUGAGUUCCAUACUCGCAGUAUUGGUAGUUGCUCUCCAACACAUCCAAAAUCUGAAUGUAUUAUUUUCUUUCCAGACAUGGUUGACUGUGUUGCAUGCCCAAAGGACCACUAUCCAUAUGGGAACCAAUCACAAUGCAUUCCAAAGACCAUCAGCUUCCUGUCUGUUCAAGAGCCUCUGGGGAUGAGCUUAGCAAUGUUUGCUCUUUCUCUCUCUCUCAUCACUAUGGUGGUCCUAGCCAUCUUCAUUAAACAUCAGGACACACCCAUUGUCAGAGCAAACAAUCGGGACCUCACCUACACUCUCCUCACUUUCCUCCUGCUCUGCUUCCUCUGCCCAUUGAUCUUCCUCAGCCCUCCAGAAAGAGUGAGCUGCCUGCUCCGACAAAUGGCCUUUGGCCUUGUUUUCACAGUGACCGUUUCUUGUGUUCUGGCCAAAACGAUCACGGUGGUUCUGGCCUUUGUGGCCACCAAACCAGGAUCCAGAAUGAGGAAGUGGGUGGGGAAAAGCCUGGCAAGCUCCAUUGUGAUUUCUUGUUCCCUUAUCCAAGUGGGCAUUUGCACUGUGUGGUUAGGAACCUCUCCCCCAUUCCCUGAUUCUGACAUGCACUCAGUGAUGAGAGAAAUCAUUCUAGGCUGCAACGAAGGGUCAGUCGCCCUGUUUUACUGUGUCCUGGGCUACAUGGGCUUUUUGGCCAUUAUCAGCUUUGUUGUGGCCUUUUUUGCCAGGAAAUUGCCUGAGAGCUUCAAUGAGGCCAAAUUCAUCACCUUCAGCAUGUUCUUGUUUUGUAGUGUUUGGAUCUCCUUUGUUCCGGUCUACCUGAGCACCAAGGGGAAAUACAUGGUGGCUGUGGAGAUCUUCGCCAUCUUGGCCUCCAGUGCUGGGAUACUGGGCUCCAUCUUUGCCCCCAAAUGCUACAUCAUUGUGUUGAGGCCUGAUCUGAACAGCAAGGAGCAGUUAAUAAAGCGGAAAUAAUAAAUUUUACCAUCAUCUUUUGGGUUUUUUCCACCAAACUAUGAGCAAUUUAAUCUCUCUUUAUCCACACCAUUCAGUUAUGUUGUAUUUUACAUGUUGCACUUCCUAUGUGCAAUUUCUUUUAAAAUCCCCUGUGGUUUCUCUGAGACAGGAGCCCCUCAUCUUGUUUUAACCCUAAGGCUUAUUUGGAAACCAAAAAACUGUCAUGAGUACCAUAAAAUAAUGAGACCUGACUAGAAAUUCAGAGGGUAAUUGAUCAGAGACUGAACAAGAAAAAACAAUAUACUGAGAGGCAUUUUUUAAUAAGGCUUGUUCCUUUCUAGGUUUUGUCCUCUCACUAAGGUUUCAGUAGAGUUGCGUGGUGAGAUCCCGCCUCCCACCAGUAGAAAUAAAGACACAGGACACAGUAAUUUAGGUUAAUGGGCUAAAAUUAGGCUACAACUUUAUUGGUUACAGGUGAUGAGUGGUAUUGGCUUAGGCAUUGGUCCUAUUGGCUAUCCAGCUUCAGCCUGCUUGCUUGAAGACCGGGAAGGGUUAACAUCAGCAGUGGAGCCCUGCUGAUGCACAUCAACUAGGCACUCCCCCGGGGUCACCGCUUGGGGGUGUGCCUUGGGCCUGGCCUCCAUAGGCUUCGGAUGGGGCCAUGCCCCCCGGAAUCCUUUACUGGACUACCCUUCAAUAUCCGGGGGAGGUGAUGGCGCUACCCCCAUACAUCUACAUAACAAUAUCCAUACCAAUGCCUAACCGCCAAAGCCGAGAAUGUUGUGAUGAUUUGUUACGAGGUAGGCGAAAAUCCAAAUGGCUGGUGCCAAUUUGCCAAGUGGAAAAAAAUCCUACAAGGCCCCUUAACGGCGACCAACCGAGGUCCAUAGCAAGGUCAAAAGAGGAACCUUGAAGGGUGGGCGGGUGGGAAACCAACGCAGCAGAGCGGCCAAAGAGGGAGAUUCCUGGCCGUGCUUGCCUUAAAUGAGGCAAGGCACACCCCCUGGGCCAGCUGAUUGGCUGGCCCGGGGAUGACUCGGCCGAGGAUUUCCCAGAUCGCAUGGGGCUGGAAGCCAGCCUCUGCGCGUGUGUUGGGGGUGUGAUGCCCGCAACAACACCUCCUCCCGAGGUUGGAAGUGGCUUUGCUACUGUCAUGAUGCCCAGUCUCAGAGAUUUCAGUACAGCGAGUCCCACUUACUUGGAGGUUAUGUUCAAGUGGCCCACAUACAUAAAUGAAGAUUGAAUAAGUGGGGAGCACCCUCUAAAACUCUUUGAAUGUCUUCUCUGCUGCUCUCCCUCCAUUCCAGAUCAAAAUUACUGCACCUAAAAUACCCACAUCUGGAAUUUUGGGGGCUGACUGGAGGAUGUGUGGAAAAGUUGCUGCUUCUGCUGCUCUUCUAUGCACAUUAGCUGUCAGGUGGGGGGGCUGAGUAGCGUAAACAACCCCCUGCUGCACCUCCAAUCUCUGCCCUCACAAGCCAUGAGAACUCUCCAGCGCUCUCCCUCCAUUUCUGGGUAUUAAUUAAGUUAUUUGGUUAUUUAUCGUGUGCAAUGGGGGAUGCCUGUGGUCAUGGGCAGUAUAUGCUAGACCGUUCCUGGUCUGGGGGUUUUAAACUUAAAAUUCAAUGAAUAACUAUUUUGGUAUUUCCCCCCCCCCAUUUAUUUAUUUAUUUAUUUAUUUAUUUAUACAUACAACAAGAAAAAAACACACACACAAAAACACAAAUACCAAAUUACACACAAAUUACAAAAAUAACCAUAGACACAUAAUUUUCUUGGAAAACAAUAAAACAUCUAUUGGUCUUAACACUAAAGACCCAACUUCCCGUCUAUUCCAUAUUUCAAAUUCAUAUUACGUAUUGCCAAUACACAUUUUUUUCCCCAUAAUUAAAAUUAUUCUCAAUAAAUCUAAUUUCUUCUAUCUACCUAGCAACUAUCACUGAAGUUCCUCGAAUGCUGCAACAGAAUUUAAACUACUAUAUUUAUUUUUCAGAUAUUCUUUGGUAUUUUGGUAUUUUUAAUGGGUUUAUUGUUAUACAAUGGGCAGAAUGCUUCUGAAUGAAUAUUUUGGAGUAAAAGCAUUUUGAACGUAAGUGAAAUUAAGUACCAUUUUACUAGAAAAUAUAAUAUCACCAUUCACUACUUAUUACUUCUAUAUAUUACUCCCACCAAAUAGUUGUGAGGUGCUUUUCUAUCAGGAAAACAAAUAGUUGUCCUUUUCACCAUUCCUUCGUCUCAGUAUAAUUGUCAGAAAACUAAUCAACUGGUGUUCAGGUGGGAAAUUUUAGGAGGUCAGAUUAAUCAUUUCCACUGGUCAGCACUGAUAAGAGACUGGCCCACUAUUUUUCUUUUCCUUGUUGCUGUUAAUUCUGCAUGCCCUUUUCUUGUCCCAUAAACAGUCAGAAACCACUUUGAAUGAAACAUCAGAAACAGGGUUAUUAUUAUUUUUGGGGGACAUUUUCUGAUUUUCCUGAUGUAAAGAGAGCUUGUUAUUAUCUCACCUAUAAUUAUCACUCUCAACAUGGCUAAGUAUCCCUUGGAUAAUGUCUCAGUAGAUUUCCAGAGAAUACGAACCAAUGUCAAAACAUGGGUAUUAUAACCUCUUCCUGCCAUUCUUUGCAAGGAAGAGGACAGAGGAAGAGGAAGGAGUUUAACUAUUUUCUUAAUCAAGUUAUAAAAUAGGAUUUUAAUCUGUGAAUUGUUAGAGAAGUGCUGUUCAUCAUAAGGCAGAAUAUUGUACUGAGGUUGGUUGUGAAGCAAGGUUCAUUUGCUGGAUGGAAAUAAGAUUGUUUGAUGAGAAAGAAUAUUUGCUUCAAUAUGCUGCUGUUUAUUCUGCCCCUUCUCUUUCAUCUGCCACAUCUGGUGUGCAAACAUACCACGAGUUGCACCGUCCAUGAUCUGUCCAGCAUUCCACAUGAAUACUACCAACCUGGUCAUCUUAUUGUUGGUGGACUUGCUUCUCAUCUCUUUGCUGCUUUUGACAAAGAAGACUUCAAAGAAAGGCUAACUAUCCACCAGCGCCUUAAUACCCUGUAAAGACAUCAAAUGUCAAAUGAUACUGAAAUAUCCUCCAGCUCUAACCAGGCCUAAUCAGAAGCUAGUCCCCUGAUUUCAGUUGGAUUUACUUCCACUGAAGGGAAAUGCAGAUCUGAAUGUGUCAGUGAGAUGAGAGAGCCUGGUCUUGUUGAUGUGUUCUGUCCUCCCCACAUCCCACCAAAUCUCUUCCAAGGAGAGUUUAACAAGAGGAGGACUCAAAGAUUAAACCUUAGUUUAAGAUGGAAAGCCCUUCUCUGUUCUUAAUCUUCACCUCAGAAACUCUUGUGUGAGGGGUAUUAAAGGCUUACCUCUCCUUUGAGGUGAUGCUCGAUUAACCCCUGAUGUUCUCAUCCAAGUCAGGCUAGAUGAUUGUCUUUAAUCUUUAUAGACAGUGCCUGGAUUAGAUACAUUCCAACUGUAUUCAGCUGAAGGUAGUGGUCAGUGAAGAAAUGUCAGUUAACUGUUAGUUGGGAGACGUUAUGAGGGAGGUUUGAGUUCCAGUUGAGUGGUAAAGAUCAGAUUUCCCUGCAGAAAAAUGACAGGAGUGGGAAAGUCUGAAUGAGCCCCCCAUUAAGCUGAAAUUCUGCUCUUUUAGGGGAAAUUGUUCUGCAGAUAUGUGUAUAUUAGGGCAAAAUGUACGCUAAAAAACUCAAGAAUCAUAAAGAGGCCACUGAAAAACAUGCAUAGCACAUCUCUCAAUGAUACAGCAUAAAAUUCUUGUUGCAGUAUUGUGCCAAAGAACUACCAGCAUAUUCUGGCCUUGGUAUUUGCUGUCAAGGAGAUCAAUGAGAACCCCAAGAUCUUACCUAAUAUUACACUGGGAUUCCACAUCUAUGACAGUUACUUCGAUGAAAGGAUGACCUACUGGGCUGCUCUGAACCUUCCCUCCACACUUGUUCCCAACUACAAGUGCAACAUUCAGAAACAUCUGGUGGCAGUUAUUGGAGGACUGGACUUGGAUAUCUCCGUCUACCUGGCAAACAUCUUGGGCAUCUACAAGAUUCCACAGGUAAGAUGCUGCCUAGGGGAUUUCACACAUUCACCAUGAUUUCUUCUAUCCAGAAAGGAUUCGUGUAAUAUAGAAACAGUUGUGAGAGACGAAAGAGAGUGAUUCUGCCCUUCACAAGGUAAUGUGAUGAUAGAAGAGUUCUCAUCUCACCCCAGUUCCUUGUCCAAACACACCUAAAAAUAUGUAUCCAAAUUCCAUGCUACCAGCUGACACCCUCUCACCUUUGCUCCACGGCCUACUGGUUGGAGACGGAAGCUGCUCUCUUGCAAAGCUGGAAGCCUGCCCAUCAGGAGUCAGCUGCCCUCACAUUGUGGCACUUCAUGGGGAUUUUGUGUGUUAGUGGCUUGAGAGAGGAAGGAAAGACGCCAUGAAAUCUGGAGUUGAAAUUUUGUGGUGAAGCAACAUGAAAGAAACAGGGGAGAGAAAAGCAGCAGUACAGAAAAAACCUAGAGAUCACAGUGGAUAAAGAAAAGGAGGGCAGAGGAGAGGAAAGCAGGAGUUCAGGGAACUGGGAAUGGAAGUAUGGCAAAGAAGGAGCUGGAGGCUGAGAAACACAGGGUGCAACCUGCCACCCUUCCCAGCUUUCUGGAACCUGCCUUCUUAAGGCAACUGGCUCAUUUUGCCUCCUGGGUGGGCAGGUCCUGGGUGCACAUACCCAGUCCUUCUGCAAUUGUAGAUGAUGCUCCUUUAUUUCCUUUUAGCUCACUUAUGGCUCCUUUUCUCCAGAGGAUGCUGGUCAAAGCCAAUCCACUUCCUUCUACAAGAUGGUGCCCAAUGAAGCCCAUCAGUACACUGGGAUUGUUGAGUUACUUCUGCACUUUGGCUGGACAUGGGUUGGAUUGCUUGCUAGAGAAAGUGACAGUGGAGAGAGAUUUAUUCAGACCCUGAAACCUCUGCUUUCCCAGAAAGGUAUUUGCUUGGCCUUCUCAGAGACAAUCCUGAAAAUGAUACAUUUGGCUGACGUGUUUCCAGACUUGAUCCAAAUUUAUCAAGCUAUUAUGGAAAGUAAAGCCAAGUUGGUGGUUUUCUAUGGGGGAAUAAAGUCCAUGCUUACCUUGAGAGAAAUUUUAGCAAUUGGUGAAUUGGAAAAUGUGACCAAGACAUCUGUGGGCAAGGUGUGGAUUCUGACGGCACAGCUGGAUUUCACAGCACGGACCUAUCAAAUGAACCUGGAUAUGCAAGUCUUCCAGGGUUCCCUCUCCUUUGCGGUUCAUUCAAAUAUGGUACAAGGAUUCAAAGCAUUUCUUGAGGUACAAAAUCCUUUUGAGGAAAAUGGAAAUGGCUUUGUCAAGGAGCUCUGGGCACAAGUCUUUCUCUGUUUAUUUCCAAACUCCAACACAGAGGAGCAGGCCAGUGGAACCUGCACUGGUGAGGAGAAGCUGGAGAAUCUCCCUUCAUCUGGUUUUGAGAUGAGCAUGACUGGCCACAGCUACAGUCUCUAUAAUGCUGUCUAUGCAACAGCACAUGCUUUACAUGCCAUGUUCUUGUCCAGGACCAAAAACAAAUUAGCGGUGGAAGGAGAGAUGCGGGAGCUUUGGCCUUGGCAGGUAAUGUCUCUCAUAAGAGAUAAUUUAUUUCACAUAGGCUGUGAUAUGCAAAACAGUUCCCUGAAAAAUUUUGAAGCUCCAGUGUAAGAGCACAUUAUUCAUUGUGUGCAGAAAAGCUACUCAUGGAGUAAGACAGUGAAGUAACAGACCUGUCCCACUUUUUUGUGAGCAACUUCCUUUGUGUGCAGAGAAACUGUUAGUGAUGACCGACCCAACCCUGCACUGUGCUGCUUCUGCCAAAGCAGCUUCACUGCACAAAAGUUACAGGGAGGAUCCCAGCCUAGACCGAGAGGUGAAGGAGAGGGCUGGUAGAGAGAGGCAGGUGGAGCUGGAGAAAAAAAGGAGCUGUGGCUGGGCAAUGGGAUGGAGAACAGCAAGGAAACGGACUUUAAACCUGUUUUUUAGUUUGUGCUGAGCUUGCUAAACAAUAUCAUUCUUGUUGGACUCUUUGGUGAGAGAACCCAGAAGAGAUUUAAUAUGGCAACUCAUGCCGCAAAUAAUGGCAUGAAAUUUAGGUGUUAAAACCUUAAAAUGUGCCCUUUAAGUCAAUCCCAAAGCAUCUCACUUACUUAGCACAAGGAUAGACCACACAAUUAGUAAGUUAUACAUAGUUUACAUACAAAACUCUUCAAAGGUCAGAUUCAUGUGCUUUUCCAUACGGCUGUCAGUUUUGCAGGCGGUCAAACAUAGCUCGGUUACAAAAACGGUUAAAGGUCCUAAAAUAUUGGUAUAGAAAAUACUGGUUUCAUACUCCAUUCUUGUCUGAAACACAGGAAACUGGUUGGAGGGAGCAGCUCAGAGCUCCACAGGAACAUCAUUCAAAUGUAGGCUGAAUGGAACCAAAGGUUUUUUUGCCCAUUUCCUCCCAAGGUGAGGGGAAGUGACAUUGGCCAAGCUUGGCAGAACAACUUCCUCUAUGGCAUCAAGCACCUUGUGCAUUAAUUAGGCUCAAGCGUACUGAUUACCCUACCAUUUUCUUAGAAGCAGGAGAUAUCCAAGCAGUGGGAACUGAAAGGAUGGAUUUUUUUUCUUAUUAGUGAGGAAUGCAUUGGGAUUUUCCCCACAGGAAACGAUAGAAAUCGUCACCUGAGUAGGCAAAUGCUUGCCUUACGAAUGAUUUUUCAGGAACAGAUUAGGUUCUUAUAGCAAUUCUUGCAUGUACAGACAGACUGGAAGCAUCGUGAGUGCCAAUAAGGAGAGACGUAUGCAUCACUUCACACUUAGUAUUUUUCUUCCAAUGCAGCUCCAUCCCUUCCUCAGGACUGUCUCCUUCAACAACUCUGCUGGAGAAACUGUAUCUUUUGGUGAGAACAAGGAAGUAGAAGCCGGCUUUGACAUUACCAACCUGGUCACUUUCCCAAAUAACUCCUUUGUGAGGGUCAAGGUUGGAAGGGUGGAUGUGGAAGCCACCCCAGGCCAGCAAAUUUCCAUUGAUGACAACAGAAUGGUUUGGCACAGAAGCUUUCACCAGGUGGGGCAUAAUUCCUACAUCCAUGAGUUAUAGGAAAACAAUGGAAUUGCACUUUUAGAUUUUCCUCUGCACUACAUAAGAACCGAAAAUGAGCUUGCUGGAUCAGUCCAAUGGCCCAUCUUGUCCAGGAUAACACCCAUGGCCAGUCUUGUCCUGCAUCUGGAUAUGGUGUUCAAGUGACUGUUACCUUGUGUGUCUCUCUAUCCCAGGGUAUUUCAUGAGUCUCUUGUCAAGAAUGAGGUGUUGGUUGCUCCGAUGGGAAGGAAGCAGGGACUGUGGAGUUUCUGGGCCACUGUUUUUCUCACCUACAGUGCAAUGAGGAAAUUGAUUUCUUAGACUGAGGAAGACUCAAACCUCAAUAUCUUUAGGUGCCAGGUGAAAACAUUCCUCUUCCCCCAGUGAUAUUUCUUUGGUUGUUACUGUAUAAGGUAGAUAUUUGUGGUUUUAUACAGAAAAUGACUCUGUGAUCAGAGGAAGGGGGGUAUAGAAAAAUAGAUACCUAUGGGAAACCUACAAGUUGGAUCUGAGCACAAGACCGCUCUCCACACAGUCUCCAGGUUUGUAGCUCAUUCUUUGGAGUGUGUUUUUGUCCUCUCCAAGAAGCACAAUUGUUUCACACAUGCUAUGAUUGGAAAAUAGGGGGUGGAACAGGUAUUAUAUUUUGUAUGGGGACAAUAGGGGCAGUGCUGGUGAAGGAGAAUCCCCAAUCCUCUUCCCCUUUGCAUCCUCAUGCAUUCUUCCUGAAUGCCUGAAAGGGGCUCAAACAUGGUAAGUUUCAGCAUUAUUUAUUUUUAUUUUUAUUUUAAACCAAGGAAAAAGAAAAUGAGUAGCUGGCACUGAGUUGGGAAUAAGUAGUUUAGUGUCUUCCUACUGUUGGUUGGAAGAAAAAGGAAACAAAAAGUGCUAAUAAUUUCUGGGUGCUAAAAUGUUUGUGGGUUUAUUUCAAUGGGCAGAUUCCACCCCUUUCUGUGUGCAACCCAAGUUGUCCCCCUGGUUCCAGGAAGGAAAAGAUAGAGGGGGAGCCAUUCUGCUGCUAUAAUUGUGCUCCAUGUCCUCAAGGCAAGAUUUCAUCCCAGAAGGGUAAGAGAGACAGGAUAUAUGUUUUUCAGAAAUAAGUCAUGUUAGAAGUUGAGGGAAAGGAUAAAUAAAUCUGUGGUAACGUGUGCAUUUUUGCAUAUAUUGUUUGAUUGGAGAACUACAUCCCAAAUGUUUAGAGAAGUACACAUUUUUAAGGGCAGGUUGAGAGGAGUUCCCUACCAGUACAGACUUUGCUUGUGUGCUCAAGACAUCGAUUCCAUAAAACAUCGAUUUUUAAGGACAUCCGUACUUUGAUUAACGUGUUGUUAAAAGGAGUUCAAUUUAGAUAACUUUCCAAUUCAAGUGGCAUAAAAACUAAAUUUCUCCUCCAAACCUAUUGACAGAUAGCCCCCAUAAAGGAUUAUGGACCUAAGAAGAAUCUGUUUGUCACCUAUGAUCUAAUCUUUGUCACAGGUUAAAAUACAGCAGGCAAUUUUGAAUUCAAUGCACCAGUGAUAUGACUUGGUAGGAGACACCUGUCUUAGUUCAGGCAAUAACAAACAAACAUGCGUCUGAUUGAUGCGCGAUCACAUACCCGGGCGGGGUGGAAUGGGGUCAGCAUAGGGGGUGGGGGUGGAAGAGGGCUGGGAAUAGAACCCCUGUGCAAAAUGGUCAUGGACUGUACCUGUUCUGAACAAUAACAAUGUGGUUUAUGUGGAGUUAGCAAGCCAUCACAGGACACUCCACAUAACCCAACACAAAGUGCUGAGGUGAAGUUCUCAUGCAUCAUGUUCAUUCUGGUUAUUCUGGAAAUAUGUGUGAUACCUCUAAUUUAACAUUAUCAUUUCCAUACUCACACCGUUAGCAGUUGCUCUGCAACACAUCCAAAAUCUGAAUGUAUUAUUUUCUUUCCAGACAUGGUUGACUGUGUUGUGUGCCCAGAAGAUCAUUAUACCAACAUGAAAAAAUCACAAUGCGUUCCAAAGACCAUCAGCUUCCUGUCCUUUAAAGAGCCUCUGGGGAUGAGCUUAGCACUUUUUGCUCUUUCUCUCUCUCUCCUCACACUGGUGGUCCUAGUCAUCUUCAUUAAACAUCAGGACACACCCAUUGUCAGAGCAAACAAUCGGGACCUCACCUACACUCUCCUCACUUUCCUCCUGCUCUGCUUUCUCUGCCCAUUGAUCUUCCUCAGCCCUCCAGAAAGAGUCAGCUGCCUGCUCCGACAAAUGGCUUUUGGCCUUGUUUUCACAGUGACUGUUUCUUGUGUGCUGGCCAAGACUAUCAUGGUGGUUCUGGCCUUUGUGGCCACCAAACCAGGAUCCAGGAUGAGGAAGUGGGUGGGGAAAAGUCUUGGAAGCUCCAUUGUGAUUUCUUGUUCCCUUAUCCAAGUGGUCAUUUGUACUAUAUGGUUAGGAACCUCUCCCCCAUUCCCUGAUUCUGACAUGCACUCUGUGAUGAGGGAAAUCAUUCUAGGCUGCAACGAAGGGUCAGUUGCCCUAUUUUACUGUGUCCUGGGCUACAUGGGCUUUUUGGCCAUUGUCAGCUUUGUUGUGGCCUUUUUUGCCAGGAAACUGCCUGAGAGCUUCAAUGAGGCCAAAUUCAUCACCUUCAGCAUGUUCUUGUUUUGUAGUGUUUGGAUCUCCUUUGUUCCGGUCUACCUGAGCACCAAGGGGAAAUACAUGGCGGCUGUGGAGAUCUUCUCCAUCUUGGCCUCCAGUGCUGGCUUACUGGGCUCCAUCUUUGCUCCCAAAUGCUACAUCAUUGUGUUGAGACCUGAUCUGAACAGCAAGGAGUGCUUAAUAAAGAGGAAAUAAUGAAUUAUUCUUUCAUCCUUAUUUUUUUUUUCUUUUCCAAAUUAUGAGCAAUGUAAUCUCUCUGUAUCCACACCAUUAAAUUCUGUUACAUUUUACAUGUUGCAAUUGUUUUGUGCGAUUUCUUUUAAAACCAAAAUAUGGUCUCUCUGAAACAGGAGCCCCUUAUCUUGUUUUAACCCUAAGCAUUAUUUUGGAAACCAUCAGUACCAUGAAAUAUUGACACCUGACUAGAAAUUCAGAGGGUAAUUGAUUAGAAACUGAACAAGAAAAAACAAUACACUGAGCGACAUUUUUUUUAAAAGUCUCAUUCCUUUCUAGGUUUUUUUCCUCUCAGUAAGGUUUCAGUAGAGUUGCUACUGUCAUGAUGAACCAGUCUCAGAGAUUUCAGUACAGUGUGUCCCACUUGGGGGUUAUGUUCAAGUGGCCCACAUUCAUAAAUGAAGAUUGGAUAAGUGGGGAGAACUCUCUAAAACUCUUUGAAUGUCUUCUCUGCUGCUCUCCCUCCAUUCCAGAUCAAAAUUACUGCACCUAAAAUACCCACAUCUGGAAUUUGGGGGGCUGACGGGGGAUGUGUGGGAAUGUUGCUGCUUCUGCUGCUCUUCUAUGCACAUUAGCUGUCAGGUGGGGGGGGGCUGAGUAGCGUAAACAACCCCCUGCUGCACCUCCAGUCUCUGCACUCACAAGCCAUGAGAACUCUCCAGCGCUCUCCCUCCAUUUCUGGGUAUUAAUUAAAUUAUUUGGUUGUUUAUCGUGUGCAGUGGGGGAUGCCUUUGGUCAUGGGCAGUAUAUGCUAGACCGUUCCUGGUGUGGGGGUUUUAAACUUAAAAUUCAAUGAAUAACGAUGUUUAUAUUUUUAAUGGGUUUAUUGUUAUACGAUGGGGAAGAAUGCUUCAGAAUGAAUAUUUUGGAGUAAAAGCAUUUUGAACAUGAGUGAAAUUAAGCUCCAAUUUAUUAGAAAAUAUAAUACCACCACACACUACUUUAUAUUUAUUACUUCUAUAUAUUACUCCCACCAAUUAAUUGUGAGGUGCUUUUCUAUCAGGAACACAAAUAGUUGUCCUUUUCACCAUUCCUUCAUCUCGGUAUAAUUGUCAGAAAACUAAUGAACUGGUGUUCAGGUGGGAAAUGUUAGGAGGUCAGAGUAAUCAUUUCCACUGGUCAGCACUGAUAAGAGAUUGGCCCACUGUUUUUCUCUUCCUCAUUGCUGUUAAUUCUGCGUGCCCUUUUCUUGUCCCAUAAACAGUCAGAAAGAACUUUGAAUGAAACAUCAGAAACAGGGUUGUUAUUAUUAUGUUUGGGCAUUUUCUGAUGUUCCUGAUGUAAAGGAAGCUUGUUAUUAUGUCACCUAUAAUUAUCACUCUCAGCAUGGCUAAGUAUCACUUUGAUAAUGUCUCAGUAGAUUUCCAGAGAAUACUAACCAAUGUCAAAAUAUGGGUAUUAUAACCUCUUCCUGCCAUUCUUUGCAAGGGAGAGGACAGAGGAAGAGGAAGGAUCUUUACCUUUCUCUUAAUCAAGUUAUAAAAUAGAAUUUUAAUCUGUGAAUUGUUAGAGAUGUGAUAUUCAUGAUAAGGCAGAAUAUUGUACUGAGGUUGGUUGUGAAGCGAGCUUUAUGAGCUGGAUGGAAAUAAUGCUGUUUGAUGAGAAAGAAUAUGUGCUUCAAUAUGCUGCUGUUUAUUGUGCCCCUUCUCUUUCAUCUGCCACAUCUGGUGUGCAAACAUACCACGAAUUGCACCAUCAAUGAUCUGUCCAGAAUUCCACAUGAAUACUACCAACCUGGUCAUCAUAUUGUUGGCGGACUUGCUUCUCAUCUCUUUGCUGCUUUUGACAAAGAAGACUUCAAAGAAAGGCUAACUUUCCAUCAGCGCCUUAAUACCCAGUAAAAACAUCAAAUGUCAAAUAAUCAGAUGAUACUGAAAUAUCCUCCAGCUCUAACCAGGCCUAAUCAGAAGCUAGUUCCCCUGAUUUCAGUUGGAUUUACUUCCACUGAAGGGGAAUGCAGAUCUGAAUGUGUCAGUGAGAUGAGAGAGCCUGGUCUUGUUGAUGUGUUCUCUCCUCCCCACAUUCCACCAAAUCUCUUCCAAGGAGAGUUUAACAAGAGGAGGACUCAAAGAUUAAACCUUCACUAGUUUAAGAUGGAAAGCCCUUCUCUGUUCUUAAUAUUCACCUCAGAAACUCUCAUGAGAAGUGUCUUAAAGGCUUGCCUCUCCUUUGAGGUGAUGCUCGAAUAAUCCGUCAGGUUCUCAUCCAAGUCAGGCUAGACAAUUGUCUUUAAUAUUUAUAGACAGGGCCUGGAAUAGAUACAUUCCAACUGUAUUCAGCUGAAGGUAGUGAUCAGUGAAGAAAUGUCAGUUAACUGUCAGUUGGGAGACGUUAUGAGGGAGGUUUGAGUUCCAAUUGAGUGGUAAAGAUCAGAUUUUCCUGGAGAAAAAUGGCAGGAGUGGGAAAGUCUGAAUGAGCCCUACAUUAAGCUGAAAUUCUGGUCUUUUAGGGGAAAUUGUUCUGCAGAUAUGUGUAUAUUAGGGCAAAAUGUACGCUAAAAAACUCAAGAAUCAUAAAGAGGCCACUGAAAAACAUGCAUAGCACAUCUCUCAAUUAUUCAGCAUAAAAUUCUUGUUGCAGUAUUGUGCCAAAGAACUAUCAGCAUAUUCUGGCCUUGGUAUUUGCUGUCAAGGAGAUCAAUGAGAACCCCAAGAUCUUGCCUAAUAUUACACUGGGAUUCCACAUCUAUGACAGUUACUUCGAUGAAAGGAUGACCUACUGGGCUGCUCUGAACCUUCCCUCCACACUUAUACCCAACUACAAGUGCAACAUCCAGAAACACCUGGUGGCAGUUAUUGGGGGACUGGACUUGGAUACCUCCAUCUACCUGGCAAACAUCUUGAGGAUCUACAAGAUUCCCCAGGUAAGAUGCUGCCUAGGGGAUUUCACACAUUCACCAUGAUAUCUUCUAUUCAGAAAGGAUUUCUUUAAUAUAGAAAUAGUUGUGAGAGACAAAGGAGAGUGAUUCUGCUCUUCACAAGGUAAUGUGAUGGUAGAAGAGUUCGCCUCUCACACCACUUCCUUGUCCACACACACCUAAAAACAUGUAUCCAAAUUCCUUUCUGCUGACUGACACCCUCUCACCGUUGCUCCAUGGCCUACUGGUUGGAGACUGAAGCUGCUCUCUUGCAAAGUUGGAAGCCUGCGUAUCAGGAGUCAGCUGCCCACACAUUGUGGCACUUCAUGGGGAUUCUGUGUGUUAGUGGUUUGAGAAAGGAAGGGAAGACACCAUGAAAUCAGGAGCUGAAAUGUUGUGGUGAAGCAACAUGAAUGAAACAGGGGAGAGGAAAGCAGCAGCUUGGGAAGGCAUAGAGGAAAAAAUGGAGAAAGAAAAGGAGGAGGGAGGAGAGGAAAGCAGGAGAGCAGGAAACUGGGCAUGCAGGGAUGGCAGAGAAGGAGCUGGAAGCUGAGAAACACAGGGUGCAAUCUGCCACUCCUCCCAGCUUUCUGGAACCUGCCUUCUUAAGGCAACUGGCUCAUUUUGCCUGCUGGAUUGGAAGGCCCUGGAUGCACAUACUCAGUCCUUCUGCAAUAAUACAUGAUGCUACUGUAUUUCCUUCUAGCUCACUUAUGGUUCCUUUUCUCCAGAGGAUGGUAGUCAAAGCCAAUCCACUUCCUUCUACAAAAUGGUGCCCAAUGAAGCCCAUCAGUACACUGGGAUUGUUGAGUUACUUCUGCACUUUGGUUGGACGUGGGUUGGAUUGCUUGCUAGAGAAAGUGAAGGUGGAGAGAGGUUUAUUCAGACCCUGAAACCUCUGCUCUCCCAGAAAGGCAUUUGCUUGGCUUUCUCAGAGACAACCCUGAAAACGACAUAUUUGGCUGAGUAUUAUGACCUUUAUCCGCACUGGAUUCAAAUUUAUCAAGUUAUUAUGGAAAGUAAAGCCAAGGUGGUGGUUUUCUAUGGAGAAACAAAGUCUAUGCUUGCCUUGAGAGACAUAGUAGCUCUUGGUGAAUUGGAAAAUGUGACCAAGACAUCCGUGGGCAAGGUGUGGAUUCUGACAGCACUGGUGGAUUUCCCAGCACUGACCUUUCAAAUGAGCAUGGGUAUGCAAGUCUUCCAGGGUUCCCUCUCCUUUGCAGUUCAUUCAAAUGUGGUACAAGGAUUCAAAGCCUUUCUUCAGGUCCAAAAUCCUUUUGAGGCAAAUGGAAAUGGCUUUGUCAAGCAGUUCUGGGCACAGGUAUUUCUCUGUUUAUUUCCAAACUCCAAUACAGAGGAGCAGGCCAAUGGAACCUGCACUGGUGAGGAGAAGCUGGAAAAUCUCCCUUCGUCUGGCUUUGAGAUGAGCAUAACAAGCCACAGCUAUAGCAUCUAUAAUGCUGUUUAUGCCGCAGCACAUGCUCUACAUGCCAUGUUCUUGUCCAGGACCAAAUACAGGGCAGCGGUGGAAGGAGGGAUGCGGAAGCUUCAGAAACUGCAGCCUUGGCAGGUAAUACCUAUCAAAACAUACAAUUUAUGUGACAGAAAGGCAAAUAAAGGCAUGGAGAUAAGAGACUACAAAACCCUAACAUGUGCUCUUUCCAGUGAACGCCAAAAUAUUCCACUUCCCUUUCGGAAAGAUAGUUCACCUGUUUAGCAAGUUACAAUGUGAAUUUGGUUUGUUGCCCAUUUCCUCCUAAAGUGAAGGGAAGUGACAUAGACGAAGCCUGGUAGGACUGCUUACUCCAUGGCAUUAGCCCCCUUCAUGCGUUGAUUAGAUGUCUGCAUGAUGGUUAUUUGAGGCCGGUUACCCUGUGAUUCUCUUCUGUGGGGUGGGAGAUAUCCAAGCAGUGGGAACUGAAAACCAUGCAUUUUCCUCUCAUUUCUUCUUGGUUGGGAAUGCAUUAGGAUUUUCCCUAUAGAAGAGAAAGGAAAUCAUUGGCUGUCUAUGGGAAUGCUCGCCUUACGAACCAAUUCCAAAGAGUGGAUUCUGUUUGCAUAGCAGUACCUGCCAGUACUGAAAGUUGGAGGCAUCCUGAGUGUUAGUAAGGAGAGACAUUAACAUUACUUUAUGAUUUCUAUUUUCCUUUCAAUGCAGCUCCAUCCCUUCCUUAGGAGUGUCUCCUUUAACAACUCUGCUGGAGAAACAGUAUCUUUCAGUGAGAGCAGGGAAGUAGAAGCUGGCUUUGAUAUUGCCAACAUAGUCACUUUUCCAAAUAACUCCUUCAUGAGAGUCAAGGUUGGAAGAGUGGGUGGGGAGGCCGUCCCAGGCCAGCUGAUUUCCAUUGGUGACAACAGAAUGGUGUGGCACCACAGCUUUCACCAGGUGAGGCAUAAUUCCUACAUCCAUGAGAGAUAGGAAAAGAGAAUGUUUUUGCACUUAUAGAUCAUUGGUGCAGCCCAUCCCUGGUUUUCCAGCCUGAUUCAAAAUAUUUUCUCUGCACUACAUAAAAUAUUAUCAUGAUCAAUCAAUCAAUCAAUCAAUCAAUGUAUAGAUAUUAUCUAAAUCUAAAUCUAAGAUAUGUGGAAUCUGCAGUGUCAUCCAUUCCUUCAACCAACAAAAACAAGAUGCUAUGUAAUAUAAUGUUAUAUACAGUAGAGAGAAACCUUUUCUCUCUUUUGCAUCUAUCAAUAUUUGUAGAUCAUUCUUGACACUAUGUGCCUGUCCUCUCAAAGAAGCAAAAUUUUAAACAUGUGCUAUGAUUAGAAAAUCGGGUGUGGACCUGUUAUUCCCAUUGUGCAUGGGUACAAUGGAUGAAGGGCUGGUGAAGAUAAACUCCGAAUUCGCUUCCCAACUUGAGCCCUCAUGCAUUCUUUUUGCAUGCCUGAAGAGAGCACAAAGAUGGUCAGGUUGAGCACACUUUUGUUAAAAAAAGCAUGAACAGUAAAAUGAAUAGUUUAACUCCGAGUUUGGAAUAAGUAGUUUAAUGUCUUCCUAUUUCUAGUUGGGGGGUGGGUGGGGAUAAAUGCUAAUAAUUUCUGUGUGCUAAAAUUUUAUGUAUUUAUUUAAAUGGGUAGGUUCCACCCCUUUCUGUAUGUAACCCAAAUUGCCCUCCUGGUUCCAGCAAGGAGAAGAAGGAGGGGGAGCCAUUCUGCUGCUAUAAUUGUGUUCCAUGUCCUCAAGGCAAGAUUUCAUCCCAGAAAGGUAGGAGACACAAUAUAUACAUGGUACUUUUCAAAUGUAUAAAGGAAACAUCUGUGAUAUUUCUAUUUUAACCUUAAGACUUUCACAGUGGUAGCAUUUGUAGUUGCUGUCCAGAACAUCUGAAAUCUGAAUAUAUUAUUUUCUCUCCAGACAUGGAUGACUGUGUUGGGUGCCCCGGAGAUCACUAUCCACACAGGAACCAAUCACAGUGCAUUCCAAAGACCAUCAGCUUCCUGUCUGUUAAAGAGCCUCUGGGGAUGAGCUUAACAUUGUUUGCUCUUUCUAUCUUUCUCUUCACAAUAUUAGUCCUUGCCAUCUUCAUUAAACAUCAGGACACACCACUUGUCAGAGCAAACAAUCGGGACCUCACCUACACUCUCCUCACUUCCCUCCUGCUUUGCUUCCUCUGCCCAUUGAUCUUCCUCAGCCCUCCAGAAAGAGUGAGCUGCCUGCUCCGACAAAUGGCUUUUGGCCUUGUUUUCACAGUGACCGUUUCUUGUGUGCUGGCCAAAACUAUCACAGUGGUUCUGGCCUUUGUGGCCACCAAACCAGGAUCCAGAAUGAGGAGGUGGGUGGGGAAAAGACUGGCAAGCUCCAUUGUGAUUUCUUGUUCCUUUAUCCAAGCGGGCAUUUGCACUGUAUGGUUAGGAACCUCUCCCCCAUUUCCUGAUUCUGACAUGCAGUCUGUGAUGAGGGAAAUCAUUCUAGGCUGUAACGAAGGGUCAGUCGCCCUGUUUUACUGUGUCCUGGGCUACAUGGGCUUUUUGGCCAUUAUCAGCUUUGUUGUGGCCUUUUUUGCCAGGAAACUGCCUGACAGCUUUAAUGAGGCCAAAUUCAUCACCUUCAGCAUGUUGUUGUUUUGUAGUGUUUGGAUCUUAUUUGUUCCAGUGUACCUGAGCACCAAGGGGAAAUACAUGGUGGCUGUGGAGAUCUUCUCCAUCUUGGCCUCCAGUGCUGGCUUACUUGGUUCCAUCUUUGCCCCCAAAUGCUACAUCAUUGUGUUGAGGCCUGAUUUGAACUGCAGGGAAAAGUUAAUAAAGAAGAAAUAAUAAAUUAACCUAUCAACUCUGUCUAUUUGUUCUGUCAGAAUAUGGGUAAAUUAAUCUCCCCUUUUCUACAUCCUAUAACUAUGUUAGAUUUUAUCUGUUACAAUUCCUUUAAAAAUCCUCUGUGGUCUCUCUGAGAUAGGGGUCCUCAACCUUUUUCAAUGUUUGGGUGCAUUUGGAAAACUAAGAAACUGUCAUGGGUACUCCAAAGUAUUAAGACCUGACUAGAACUCCAGAUGACAAUUCAUUAAAAGAUGAAUGAGAGAAAGCAGUAUAUUGGGAUGCUUAAAAAGCUUCUGCUUAUUCCUUUCUAUGUGAUUAUCUGGUAAAUAAGGUUUCAGUGGAACUGCUACUGUCAUGAUUAAAUCAGUCUCAUUGGGGGAUACUAUAUCAGGUUCCAGAAAAAGGGUAUAAACCGCUAUCUACCUCAUGCUUCACUCACAACUUGGCUUUCAGUUUUCCCUCUUGUUUUCACCUGCCUUAUAAUGAACAUGCAUAAACCAGCAUAAGCCAGGGGGUGUGGCAUGGCUUGUGAGCAGGUAUUUCUUAGGGCUAAGCAAGAGUCUUUAAAAAUCUGUAAGUGUACUUUUUUAUGUACACCGAAUACUUUUGAACUGUUGAUUUAUUUGUCAACUUAUAUUGGAUCUUUGGAUCCCUUUUGCUUCAAAUGAUUGGUAUGGGUUCUUGAGAAGGAAGUUCUAUGUUACUGCUGGUCAUGGGGCAAGCUUUGGGGACAUUUGUUCUGCUUUCUGCUAAUGUGGAUAUCCUAGCUUCUCUGGGUAGUUAAUACCUUGUUCCUUUAUUCUUGCUAGCUGGUAAAAGCAUUGGGAUGUGUUAUUGCACCUCAUUCCUGACAACACCCCUUAACCAAGGAUAACCAGGGAAAACCAACCCUGACAGCACCCCAGCAAAGUCACCCAAAAUUCUGAGUCAUGGAACUCAGGUUGGAUGCUGGAUAUUCUUGGGAUUCACCAAGACAAAAAGCUUGCCUGCUGAGCCACAAGCCCACAAGUUAUAGCCAUAACCAAGCAGCUACAUACCAGAUUCAGAUGAAUUCCUACAAUAAGAUGUGAAAGCAGCAAAUAGAAGCAAAUACGUUAUUGAGAGAGUGCAGAACCAAAAAUAACCAUUUUACCUUAGAAUUACAUUUAAGGAAGAUACCAAGACACUCUUGGAAUUUGAGCGGAGCUCCAAAAUAGCAAAAGCUAGCUUACCUCACCCUAAUUACCAACCUUUAGAAUCAUAGACCCCGCCAGCAGGCUUUAUCCAGAAAUACAUGGCCUAUUGCUCUCUAUCAGUCUACCCAAGAAGCGCAACAUUUAAGGUCUUAACUGGUUGCUACAAGCUCAGAACUCAUGGCUCUAAGAAACCUCUCUUGGACCACUAUUCCAGUAAUUUGGAGCUUUCACCACUGUAACUAAGCCAAGUGUUACUGCCUGUGUUUUCUGACUGGUGUAUGGAGAAACACAUGAACCUCACCUUUGAAGAGUUUGUAAGCAAGCCAGAUGUGUGGUCCAUUUCAAUGGUAAGGGGAGAGGGAAGUUUUGGAACUCAUGAGGGUAUAUUUUUAAGAUCUAACAACCUAUAUUUCCACACUUCGUUGAAUUUUGUGAUUUGAAAUCUGUGCUGGGGUUCUCUCACCAAAGAGCACUUGCCCCAAACCUGGAUCUUGGCAUCCAGGGAAUUCUCCCUGUUUAUACUUAAUUUUACUUGCCACCUACACAAAUCAUCUGUCAUAACUCAAUCUCUUUCACAAUUUUUCAGUCUUAGUAUGAUUGUCAGUAAAUUAAUGAACAGAUGUUCAGGGGGGAAAUUUGGAGGUCAGCCUGAUCAUUUCCACUGUUCAGAUGAAGCUUUUCAGCACUGAUAGCAGACUGGACCACUGUUCUGUUCUUUUCUUCCUCCUUGUAGUUAUUUUUGCAUGCUCUUUUCUUGUCCCAUAAACAGACAGAAACCACUUUUGAUGAAAUAACACAAGCAUGUGCUGGUGUUUUUUCUGGUCUUUUUGUUGUUUUUGAUGUAGAGAGACCUAGUUAUCAUCACAGCUGUAAUUAACAAUCUCAUCAUGACUAAGUCUCUCUUGAAUAAUGUCUCAAUAGAUUUCCAGACAAUACCAGCCAGAGUCUGGGCAUAAAACCCCUUCCUGCCAUUCUAAGCAAAGGAGAGGUAAGAGGAAGAGGGAGGAUUUCUGCUUUUCUCUUUGUUGAGGUGUAAAAUAGGAUUUUAAUCUGUGAAUUGGUAGGGAAGUGCUGUUCCUGUCAAGGCAGCAUAUUGUACUGAGCGUGGUUCUGAAGCUGAGGUUCAUUUUCCAGAUGGAAAUGAGGGUGUCAGAUGAGAAAGAAUAUUUGCCUCAGUAUGUUGCUGUUUGUUGUGCCCAUUCUCUUUCAUCUGCCACAUAUGGUGUGCAAACAUACAUGUUGCACCAUCCAUGAUCUGUCCAGAAUUCCACAUGAAUACUACCAACCUGGUGAUCUUAUUGUUGGCGGACUUGCUUCUCACCUCUUUACCAAUUUUGACAAAGUAGACUUCACAGAAAGGCUAACCACCCAUCAACUUCUUAAUACCUUGUAAAUACUUCAUGUAUCAAGUAAUCAGGUGAUACAGAAAUAUUCCCCAGCUCUAACCAGGCUUACAGAGAAGCCUGUUCCACUGAUUUUAGAGGGAUUUCCUUCCAGGCAGAGGUGUCGGGGAGGGGGGACCAUCUCAGAGCUGAAGAGUUGGCUUGGAAGGUGGGAAAUGGAGAUCUAAAUGUGUAGUCAGUGAGAUGAGAGAGUCUUUCUUUCAUUCAUGAGUUCUCUCCUCCCCACAUCCCACCAAAUUUCUUCCAAGAAGGGUUUCACAAGAGGAGCCACAACUUAAACUUACCUAGUUUAAGAUGGAAAGCCCUUCUCUGUUCUGAAUAUUGAACUUCACCUCUGAAAGUUUGGGGUGAAUUGUCUUAAAAGCUCACCGCUCCUUUGAGGUGAAAUUCUCAUUCCGAUGUUCUCAUCCAAGUCAGGCUAGUCUUAUAUGACCCUCCCAGUUUAAAAUGUGUCACAGGUUUGAAUAUGAUGAGAAUAACUCCAUUAAGCCUGGCUACCUAGUUCUCUGCAUUUUGAUACAGCUUUUUUGUGGGAUCAGAUCAGUACCUGUAAAUAACCGAUUUGUAUAUGUCUAAGCCCAAAGGGCAGCCCCUACACUCUAUUUUUAUCAUGUUAGAUCUUCGGAUGAAGGGGGGUUUAUUAGUAGUAGUAGUAGUAGUAGUAGUAGUAUAAUUAAUCAGCUUCAUGGUUUCAAAAUAUUUUAUGGCUUCUGUUGAUGUCUCUGUGUGACUGUCAAUGUCUGUAGCCUUGUACUGUCACUAUGGUGCAGGCUUGUUUGAUGACAAAGGACUUGUGACAGGGGAAGGGAGGGAAUUUCAUAUAUAGACAUAGGCUGGAUCAGGUCCAUUCAUUCCAAUUGGCCUGGGCAACAACAGACUAAUUGGCUGAAGGUUCUGAUCAGCCAAGAAAUGGCAGUUAACUGUCAGUUGGGAGAAGUAUGGAGGGAGGUGUGAGGGAAAAACCAAAGAAAGCUGUGAAAGUGGACAGCUGAGGUUUAAAUAUUAAGCUACUUAUCCCCAGUGUGUUAACCAAAUUUUGUGUUGAAGAUCAGAACAGGUGAGCUGGUGUCUAUUUCAAGGUAGGAAGCUGCCCAGUUCUUACAAAUCAGUUCACAUUUGAACAUGAACCUACCAAAAUUUGCUUGCUCUAAAAAGUUAUCUAAACCAAAAGAGAGCCAUCAUUUGAAAUUUAUACUUCUGCAGAUUUUGCAGUGGAAUCUUCUAGCCAAGUCAUGUAUACAAAAAUGCAAAUAUGGAUGUAAAGUUUCCAUCAAAAUGCAUGGAAAUGUUGGCGCAUGAUUUCUGUUCUCAUCCUGAAGCAAAGUACUUAACCCGAGGUACUAUUUCUCGAUUAGCGGAGUCUGUAAACUGAAGCAUUUGUAACCUGAAGUGUCUCUAACCUGAGGUACCACUGUUUUAAUAAAAGUGAGCUACAAGUAUAAAAGUGGGAUACAAUGUAUUCCUUCAGGGGAAACUCCACUGCAAAUAUAAUAGGACAAAAUUUCAACUAAAAUGCUGCAGAAUUGUCAAGCCUCCCCCCUUUUUUAAAUUGCAUAGCAUAUAUUUCAAAUAUAUAGCAUGAAAUUCUCAUUGCAGUGUUGUGCCAAAGAACUACCAGCAUAUUCUGGCCUUGAUAUUUGCUGUCAAGGAGAUCAAUGAGAACCCCAAGAUCUUACCAAAUAUCACCUUAGGAUUCCACAUCUAUGACAGUUACUUCAAUGAAAGGAUGACCUAUCGGGCUGCUCUGAACCUUCCCUCCACAUUUAUACCCAACUACAAGUGCGGCACCCAGAAACACCUGGUGGCAGUUAUUGGGGGACUGGACUUUGAUACCUCCCUCCAAAUGGCAGACAUAUUGAGCAUCUACAAGAUUCCCCAGGUAAGAUACUGCCUUGGACUCUUCACACUCAAUCACCAUGAUCUUUUCUAUCCAAAAACGUUUUGUAGAAUUGUGACUAAAAAAGGAGGGUGGUCCUGCUCUUCACAAAAUGUGUUUCCUGUGGGCUUUGCAAUUAAAGAUGUCUGCUCUAGAUGGGCAGUCCUAUUUCCCGUUCUUAAGCACACUUGCCUUUUCUCUCUGCUCUAGGUCUGAGCAGUGCCUCCCCUGACUCCUCUAACUAGUCUGGUGUCCCAAGUGCAGUAGAUGAUGUGGUCCUAUUGGUAUAUUGAAGGAGGAUUCAAUGGCAGGAGCAGUUGGUUUCUAUCUCAGGCAGCAAAAUAUAUUAGGUGUGACCUGGCCUCACCCAAUAAACCAAGAAGUGUGGCCCUCUAGAUAUAUGAGGUUCAGACAAAUUAGAGCUUUCAAAGGUCAAUACUAGGAUUUUCAAUAGGUGACUUUCUCUUUAUGUUUGGAAAUGGUUCUGUACAGAGCUUCUACUGAGGCAUGCAGAGAAUGGUCUGGAUUGACUUUGCACUUUGGCUCAUGUGUUGGCAGAAAGGUGCCCUCUUUUCACCGGAGGUGAAAGAGGCAUGACCUACACAAGAUUGGCAACAGCAGCUUACUACUCUAUGGCCUUUACACCCUCAUGCAUUAACUAGUCCGGGGGACAGCAGCAGUGCAGGAAAGCAAGGAGGAUGAACUGGAGACAGAAGAUGAGGAGAAAGGAGAGCUAAGCAGGGCAGCACUCCAUGGUGGCCAAAUCAGCCACCCUCCCAACUUUCUGGAGUCUCCUUCCUGAGGCAACUGGCUCAUCAUGUCUCCAUGGCAGGCAGGCGUUGAAUACACAUUCUGCAUUUAUGAAUUAUGCCUCUUUAUUCCUUUUAGCUCACUUAUGGUUCCUUUGCUCCAGAAGAUCCUGGUCAAAGCCAAUCUACUUCCUUCUAUAGGAUGGUGCCCAAUGAAGCCCAUCAGUACACUGGGAUUGUUGAGUUACUUCUGCAUUUUGGUUGGACGUGGGUUGGGUUGCUCGCUGUGGAUGAUGACAGUGGAGAGAGAUUUAUUCAGACCCUGAAACCUCUGCUCUCCCAGAAAGGCAUUUGCUUGGCCUUCUCAGAGACAGCCCUGAAAACCACAUAUUUGGGAGAGUUUUAUGAUGUGCAGUCUGACUUCAUCCAAAUCUGUCAUGUUAUUAUGGAAAGUGAAGCCAAGGUUGUUGUUUUCUAUGGAGGAACAACGCCCAUGAUUCGCUUGCGAACAAUGCUAGUGCUAGGUGAAAUGGAAAAUAUUAACAAAACAUCUGUGGGCAAGGUGUGGAUUCUGACAGCACAGGUGGAUUUCACAACAUUGACCUACCAAAUGAGUUGGGACAUGCAUGUCUUCCACGGUUCCCUCUCCUUUGCAGUUUAUUCAAAUGUGGUACAAGGAUUCAAAGCCUUUCUUCGGGUACAAAAUCCUUUUGAGGAAAAUGGAAAUGGCUUUGUCAAGCAGUUCUGGGCACAGGUAUUUCUCUGUUUAUUUCCAUACCCCAACACAGAGGAGCAGGCCAGUGAAACCUGCACUGGAGAGGAGAAGCUGGAAGAUCUCCCUUCGUCUGGCUUUGAGAUGAGCAUAACAAGCCACAGCUAUAGCAUCUAUAAUGCUGUUUAUGCCACAGCACAUGCUCUACAUGCCAUGUUCUUGCCCGGGGCCAAAUACAGGGCAGCAGUGGAAGGAGGGAUGCAGAAGCUUCAGAAACUGCAGCCUUGGCAGGUAAUGCCUAUUAUAACGUACAAGUUAUUUGACAUGGGCAGUGAAAUGAUCUCUUUCAGCUUUUGCCUUCUGGAAGAAGGUACAGGGUUAUAAAGACUAGGACUAGCUGCCUGAGAAACAGUUUCUGUUCAAUUGUGAUUUUGCUUUUAAACACAGUGUAAGGUAGUCUCUAUGGGAGUAUAUUGUAUUUAAUUAUGGGGUAUCAGAGUUUUUAGGGGGUUAACCAGGCUGGGAUAGCUGGGAUAGCAGGCUUGUUGGUUUCUGAAUGUCUGAUGUAGAUUUUCAAUUUCGUUGUUCUGUAUGGGACAAUGACAAUAAAGAUUAUCUUAUUGUAUCUAAAUGUAGAAGACUAAACUGAAAAUUUUCAAGUACUAACUGUAGGCUAUGAUCCUCCGCUUAACGUACGCAGAUAAGCUGCUCCUCCAGUUGUUAAGCAGUAGCUGUGAAUCCUGCACUGUGCUGCUUCUUUGUUAAUAGGUACCUAUGUUUAUAGAGAAACUGUAAGUGAAGGUGAAUCUGAUCUUGCUCUGUCCUGCUCCAUUACAAGCAGUUUCUCUGCACACAAGUUGAGGGGAGGAUCCAAGCCUACAAUGAGAGAAGGUGAGAGCAGUUCAGAGAAUUCACAUGUAGGCUGAGUUUCCCCAAAACCAAAAGGCUUUGUUGCCCAUCUCCUCCCAAAGUGAAGGGAAGUGACAUGGACGAAGCCUGGUAGGACAGUUUUGUUGUUGUUUAGUCGUUCAGUCGUGUCCGACUCUUCGUGACCCCAUGGACCAGAGCAUGCCAGGCACUCCUGCCUUCCACUGCCUCCUGCAGUUUGGUCAGACUCAUGGGCAGCUUACUCCAUGGCAUUAGCCCCCUUCAUGUGUUGAUUAGAUGUCUUCAUGAUGGUUAUUUGAGGCUGGUUACCCUACGAUUCUCUUCCGUGGGGUGUGACAUAUCCAGGCAGUGGGAACUGAAAGCCAUGGAUUUUUUCCUCAUUUCUUCUUGGUCAGGAAUGCAUUAGGAUUUUCCCUAUAGGAGAGAAAGGAAAUCAUUGGCUCUCUCUGUGAAUUCUCACCUUACGAACCAAUUCCAAUGAGUGGAUUCUGUUUGCAUAGCAGUCCCUGCCAGUACCGAACGCUGAAGGCAUCCUGAGUGUCAGUAAGGAGAGACAUAUGCAUUACUUCAUAGUUCCUAUUUUUCUUUCAAUGCAGCUCCAUCCCUUCCUUAGGAGUGUCUCCUUUAACAACUCUGCUGGAGAAACGGUAUCUUUCAGUGAGAGCAGGGAAGCAGAAGCUGGCUUUGAUAUUACCAAUAUAGUCACUUUUCCAAAUAACUCCUUCAUGAGAGUCAAGGUUGGAAGACUGGGUGGGGAGGCUGUCCCAGGCCAGCUGAUUUCCAUUGAUGACACAAGAAUGGUGUGGCACCAGAGCUUUCACCAGGUGAGGCAUAAUUCCUACAUCCAUGAGAGAUAGGAAAAGAGAAUAUCUUUAACAUUACAUUCCAACAGAUUGCGCUCCAUUUGAGAUAUUUGUUCCCCAGAUGGUCAGGUUGAGCACACUUUUUUUAAAAGCAUGAAUAGAAAACUGAGUAGUUUGGCUCUGAGUCUGGAAUAAGUAUUUUAGUGUCUUCCUAUUUCUAGUUGGGGGUGGGUUGAAAUACUACUAAUUUCUGUGUGCUAAAAUGUUUAUGUGUUUAUUUAAAUGGGCAGGUUUCACCCCUUUCGUUAUGUAACCCAAGUUGCCCUCCUGGUUCCAGGAAGGAAAAGAAGGAGGGGGAGCCAUUCUGCUGCUAUGAUUGUGCUCCAUGUCCUCAAGGGAAGAUUUCAUCACAGAAAGGUAGGGGACACAAUAUAUAGAUGGUACUUUGCAAAUGUAUAAAGGAGACAUCUGUGAUAUUUCUAUUUGAACCUUAAGAGUUUCACAGUGGUAGCAUUUGUAGUUGCUAUCCAGAACAUUUGAAAUCUGAAUAUAUUAUUUUCUUUCCAGACAUGGAUGACUGUGUUGCAUGCCCCGAAGAUCACUAUCCACACAGAGACCAAUCGCAAUGCAUUACAAAGACCAUCAGCUUCCUGUCUUUUAAAGAGCCUCUGGGCACGAGCUUAGCAUUGUUGGCUCUUUUUCUCUCUCUCCUCACAGUGGUGGUCCUAGCCGUCUUCGUUAAACAUCAGGACACACCACUUGUCAGAGCAAACAAUCGGGACCUCACCUACACUCUCCUCACUUUCCUCCUGCUCUGCUUCCUCUGCCCAUUGAUCUUCCUCAGCCCUCCAGAAAGAGUGAGCUGCCUGCUCCGACAAAUGGCUUUUGGCCUUGUUUUCACAGUGACUGUUUCUUGUGUUCUGGCCAAAACGAUCACGGUGGUUCUGGCCUUUGUGGCCACCAAACCAGGAUCCCGAAUGAGGACAUGGGUGGGGAAAAGACUGGCAAGCUCCAUUGUGAUUUCUUGUUCCCUUAUCCAAGCAGUCAUUUGUACUAUAUGGUUAGGAAUCUCUCCCCAUUCCCUGAUUCUGACAUGCAGUCUGCGAUGAGGGAAAUCAUUCUAGGCUGCAACGAAGGGUCAGUUGCCCUGUUUUACUGUGUCCUGGGCUACAUGGGCUUUUUGGCCAUUCUCAGCUUUGUUGUAGCAUUUUUUGCCAGGAAACUGCCUGACAGCUUCAAUGAGGCCAAAUUCAUCACCUUCAGCAUGUUGUUGUUUUGUAGUGUUUGGAUCUCGUUUCUUCCAGUCUACCUGAGCACCAAGGGGAAAUACAUGGUGGCUGUGGAGAUCUUCUCCAUCUUGGCCUCCAGUGCUGGCUUACUGGGCUCCAUCUUUGCUCCCAAAUGCUACAUCAUUGUGUUGAGGCCUGAUCUGAACUGCAAGGAGAAGU